CGUACUGUGCUGGCGAUAUAUUAUUAUUUUUUUAUCGGCGUUUUUUUUUUUCCGCGAACGACUGAUCCGAUAUUUUCGGUUUUUUUUCCCGGACCCAAAAUCGAAAACCGCCGGCCGACGAUGUAUAACGACCACCCGCGCAGUUUGUGAUUAUUUUUUUUCCUUCGUCCAUCGCGCGCAACACAUACUGUAUACAAUACUAAAAUAAUAAAAUACAUUCGCACCGUCGUCUACGACUCCGCACGCCGCAAAUCUCAGCGAGCCGAAACACCGACGAUAAUGACCAGAAGGAAGCAACACUGCCCCAAACGGAUGAAAUGUAAGUACCGAAAAACAAUUAUUAUAUUACCCGUGUAUGGUUAUGUUUCCCGUUCGGUUUUCCCGUUAAUACGAACCCGUCCCAGCGAAACGCCGGUCUUUUUGCUUUUUUUUUUUUUCGAUUUUUUAAAUCCGCCUCUGGAUUUCGAUCUCCUAAAAAUCCGUCAAAAUCGCUCGGCCGACCGAUAAUUUAUUUUCGAUUCGCGGUCGCCGUCUAUUAGGUGCGUGUUGUAUGUGUAUAGGCAGGUGCGCGUAGCAUCGGCGAAACAGACGUGGAUACUUGACUUUCCAAAUGUUAUUAGUCGGAAAAAAAAAACGGAAAAAAAAACGCAUGAAAUAACGACGCGCGCGGUUAUAUUAUCAGAAAAAAAGAAAAAAAAAGACGUAUUAUUAACCGCGUUUUUAUUUUCUCGCCUUUCGCUCGACAAUGAACGCACGUGGCCGCGGUAUAUUAUAUACGUACCCAGCCUUCCCCCCCGAAAACCUCUCGAAAAGUCUGCGGAAAAUCGAAAAUCGAAAAAAACAAAAAAAAGUGUUGUAAAAACGUUACAACGUUAAACACGUAGUCGACGCGAUUUCGCCGGUUCAAUAAUACCGAAACCCCCCCGACCCCGUGUAUAGGCCAUAUGAGCGCCCCCGUCGGAAAUCCUCGACGUGUUUCGUUUGAAAAAUCGCGGGCGUACCUCACAAAUGGUCCGGGGGGGGGGGGGAAAUAAUAACAGCAAUCCCGCGCGUAAACCAUCGGGCCACACAUCACUAACACUAUCCGCGGCCGCUCAGAACCAGCGAAUAAUAAUCGUGUGUCCGUUGGUCCGCGGCAAUCGCUAUUUAACACCGAAAAUGUCGCGGUUUUCUCGCAUCGCGGUAUAAUCGCGGGCGGCGCGCCGUUUCCGUAAACGUCCGGCAAUCGCGCGUUCCGGGCCCCGGAAACGUAUUUGUCCGUCUACGGCCGCGGCAAACCGCGCCGGAGGGGCACGCGAACGAUCGCGCCCGCACACAGGCGAUGCGCGCCGCGCCACCGUCACGCAAUUCGGUCCGCGCGAAGGACGCGCGCGGUCGUCCGUCGCGCGCUCUCGAAAAAAUCGCCGUCGCCCGUUCGCAACAACGCGAAAACGGAAUGUUGUAACGGCGCGUUUUCACGACACCGGCGGGACGUCGGAAUUUUCGUGCCGCGGGUAGGCGAACAACACAAUGGCGUAGCCGCACACCGGGGACACAGGUUGCUGCGUCGGGCGCGCGCGAACGAUGACUUGCGGCGGCGACGGCUCUCCGCGUCCGUCCGGUCUAUACACGCGCGCGUAUAGACGGGGGAGAUCCCGCGUCUCGCGCGGGGUGCCGUAUUAUUAUUAAUGAUGACCGCCGCCGCCGCCGCCGCGGGUUUAACACUUUUUUCGCGUGUACUCGCACGUACGUUUUUUUUUUCCUCUUCUUUUUCGUUUUUUUUUUUGUCUCUGUCCGCCGCUCGUCGUCGGCGCCUUCUUUUGAUCUCUCACUGUAUUAUACCGCGCGCCGCACCGCGCGCGUAUUUACAAACGAUAAUCUAUCAUUUCCCCGUGUAUAUAUAUAUAUGUGUGUGUAUGUAUGUACAUCGCAUAUUACACUGUACGCGAUAAAUAAUAUGUAUUCAUCGAAUCGCGGCGGGAAGGUGGCGUGCGUGCGGCCGCGCGACAACGGUGGUUCACAAUAAUAUUGUCAUGCGUUUACGCGGCGGACACUUGUAAUAAUCGCGCGUGUCAUCCCGUACCGCGGUAAAAGCCGACGUUUCGACGGAUGUUUUUUCUCUUCCGAGGAACGCCAGUGUCGCCAAUACACAAUUGGUUUCGCGCCGUACGGUUUAUUAUUUUUCCCGGCGCGCUCGCGCGCGUAUAGCAAACAACUUUACCACCGGAAAUCUUUGUUGUCCCGCUGUCCCGCGGUCCGCAAUCGGAACCUUCUUGUUUUCGAUCCGUACGCCGGCGGCAUGCGUACGAAUGCCGUUUUUGCGAUUUCCCUCGCCGUUUUCACCCCCCCGUCACGGUUAUAUCGGUUGUCCCGUAACAUCAGCGAACCCCGCGAUGUUCGGCCGACGGCGGCGGUAUUGCGUUACGGGUCGGUUUUUCGCCGUUGUAUAGUUCCGAUAUAAUACACGUAUAGUUGAAUCGGCCUGUUAUCACAGUUUAGGCGAGAACAUCGUUCGUUUUACUGGCGGAAGGGCGGGGGGUUGGGGCGCGGCGAGAUUCGAUACCGCGUGAAGUAUCGCAUUUUAAAAACCCGUAGUGUUUUUCGGCUGAGCAAAACAAAUAAUACUAAUAAAAUAUCGAAAACGCGCGCGUACAAUGUCUGACGACGGGACGAAUGUGACAGCGAUGUCGACGCUAUAACGGCGCGAAAUCAACGGUACAUCCGAUUUUCAACAUACCGUAAUAUUCCAAUAACAUUAUGUGUACAGUAGUCCGAACCGCAGUGAAUAUCAAAACGCGAGUUUAACACCGUCGUUAUAAAUAUGUAUUUUUUUUUUUUUUUCGAUUAUCAAUGAGAUUUCAACAUGAAUUUCGUCUCUCUCGACAGUGUUAAAAUCGAUAAAUUUAGGAAGACAAAUAGGUGGUGGUAAAUCGCGCUCACAGUUUUGGGUUUUAAAAUCCCGAUCGAUGUACAAAAUCAAUAAUAAGGGCCAUAAGGGACGAGCGAGGGAAGAAAAAAAAAGAGAGAGCGUUAAUCGAGUUCUAUACGCCUCGGUUAGGUCGGGUGGUUACGCGUAUGGCGGGAGUGAGACGGACAGUUUCGGAACGAACGUCGGAAAUCACGGUUAGCCCCGUCGCAGCAGGGGGGGGGCACAAAACGAGAACGCUGUUGUCGAGUGCCGAUCCGAACGAACGGUACCUAAUAUCGUAUAAUAUUUCCGCGAGAUUCCGGUACGUAUGUAUACACACACGCAUAGUAAUAAUAAUAAUAAUGAUGAUGAUAAUAAUAUGUGGGGGACCUGUUGAUGUGCGGGUGUACGGAGCACCGGCUUUUCGCGUUAGAGCGGCCGCGGCGGUCUGCGGACCCGGCCCGGUCGGCGGAGCAACAGCAAACGGCGGCGGCGGCGGCGGCGGCGUCGUCAUCGGCCGCGCGGAGCAGGGCGCGUGCGAGGGGCGAACCGCGCGCGCGGGAAAGCGCAUCUCUCGCCCUGUCACUGAUAAAUGAAACGGGGCACGCCACGCCGCACCGUACACACUAUAUAUUUAUGUAUAUAUAUAUAUAUGUUUAUAUAUGUAUACAACGUUUCGAGCAUACUGUAUAUAUAUAUGUAUAUACGCGCGAGGCUUGAUUAUUAUACCGUUCGCGCCUUCCGGGUGUGCGUGUACGUAUAUAUUUACCGCGGCGGCCUAAAUCAACAAGUGAGCGCCGCGCGUAUUUUUGCUCCGAUUUAUUUAUAUUAUUAUUGUUGUUGUCGUUGUUGUUGUCGUUGUUGUUGCUGUUGUUGUUGCUGUUGUUGCUGUGUGCCGCGGCGGCGUACAUAUUUACACCGCCGUAAUGCUGCUCGCGUUUCCUCGUGCCGCGGGAUUUCGGCUCGGAGCGAACGCUCGGAGAGCCGACUCGAAAAAAAUCAAACGGGUCCGCGCCGAGAAACGCCCGGAAAAACGCGAAACGCGCGCGCCGAGUCCGUAAACGCGUUCGCGCUCGCCGCGGUUACGGACGCGUACGAUACGUUUUCAUACCGCGGAGAUUUCGGAAACGUUUGACAGCCCGUCCGAACGGUCGCCCGUUAGGAACUCGAAGAAAACGUCGAAAACGACAAAAAUCUCUCUGCGGUGAUUCUUUUCUUUUUUUUCUUUUUUUUUGCUUUCGAUUCGCCAGAGUUCCGAGCGAUUCUUCCGCGUUUUCCCCGUCCUCUCCCCACCCCACUUUUCAAAAAAACACAUCGUCGUCCGUCGUGUAUACCGAUAGAGAUGAAAAAUACACCAAGACAGUGUCCACCGGCAGUUUAUAUAGGCUACGCGUACACACACACACACACACACACACACGAGUAUUAUGACUCGCCGCGAAAAUUACAUCAUUUCACAUUACAUUUAUAUUUAAUCUCGAGUGUGUUAUAGUUGCAGUGGUGCGCGCGCGCGCAGAUAACUUAUUAUUGGACUUAUUCCAAAAUUGUUUUAAUCUUUCGAAAUAUACGAAGAAAAUGUUUUAUACGUCGUUAUAUACGACGGGACGGUAUACGGAAAACGUAAAAAUAAUAGUAUUAUAAUAUAUUCCUAAUGAUUCGCGUGAUGUAUGCAAACCGAAAAAAAACGACAAAUCGUAACACUUACCCUAUGAUACAUUUAACCGUAAAGCAUUAUUAGAAAAAAAAAAAAAAGAGAAGAACUGCUAUGCAUAAAAUAUAUAGAACGGUGUAAAUUGCACUUUCGGCACGCAGUAUUAUAAUAACAUAUAGGAGAAAAUAAUGUUUAAAUAUUGUAAAAUGUAUAUAAUACACAGUCAGAGACGUAUUCGUUUCAAAGAAUUAAAAUUUUAAAAAUAUUAAAAAAUAAUUCCUAUAAUAUUGUAAGACGUUUUUUUUUUUUUUUUUUUAUGAAAAAUCGAUCAAUUUUUUUUCUGUGUUUACGGAUAACGUCAACAAUAUAUUGUCCAAUAUUAUUCAAGUGUGCAAAUCUUAAUCUGAAAAAAAAAACCGAGUUCUCUAUUUCUGUAUAUUAUAUUGUAUUUUAUUCGAUUGUUAUGCGAUUCUAUUAUGAAAACUCUUUUGAUUUUACUAUCUUACUCCGCAAUAUAUCGUGACGAGAUGAUAAUUUUAAAAUUUCUUGCGUUUUAUUAGACAUAUUAUGUAUUCUAUAUAUUAUACAAAUUUUUACUAUAUUUUUCUUUUAAUUUUAGAUCUUUAACUGUGCAGGAAAGCUCAUCGUCCUCCGUUUAUAAUACGCUGCAGACGAAUUAUCAAAAACAAAAUAAAAUCAUUCAUUUCAUCUGAGCCAGUAUAUUAUAAUAUGUUUACGAAUUGUAAUGUACAGUACUAUUAUAUCAUAGCUAGACCCCGAGUACGAUAUUUUUCACAACUUCACGGUUUUUUUUUUUUCCGUACAAAUUGAGGUAGACGAAAAUUGCUGCACAAUUAUGUAAUAUUUACACAAUAUUAAUAUUAAUACAAUAAAUUGAAUAAAUAUUAUAUUAACUUACUCAUAAUAACAAUAACACUUGGAUAUUAUUUUUAAUGUUUUUAUUGUAUAUACAACGAAACCAUUAUAAUUAUUUAAACGAUAUUAUUAAACAUUUACGUAAUUAUUAUAGUAUUUUUCUAAUCAAAUCGUGCUAUUAUAUUUACAUCGAACUGUAAUUUUUCUUAAAAAAAAUGCACUUGUUUAUUUAAAUUAACAAAAAAUAUAGGGAUAAAAGAUUUGAAAAAAUAUAAAUGGCGCGGUUAUUUUCGUUCUUCAUCAAAACUUAAACAUCUCUAUAUAUGCGUCGACUCAAUUCGAUUUGCUUCUAAAAAUCUCUAUGUUAUCGUUUUUGGAUUUGAACGAGAUUUCUGGUAGAUAAGCCAACAUUAACGGUUGACAUUAAACAUACUUCAAACAGCUCUAAAUAGUUUAGAAAUGUUUUGAGAAUGCUUACGUUUACACAAAAAACUUCUACUAUUAGUUUUAAGCGAAUUACAAAAAAAAAAAAUGCUAUAGCGUACGCCGCUUAAUUUGCAAUAUUUUCAUGCGCACCAUCGUCUAAUAUUGUUGCAUGGCGUUCGAUUCUUUCACAAAACGCGCAUUUUUCGCAUUUUCGUUUGUAUAAUAUUAUCACCACGAUGAUACACUAAUAUCGACUACAAAAACGUUAUUCGAAUAUAUGAAAUUUAAAAUUAAACCGACAACUUAAUCAAAAGUUUGUUUACAACGGUCUUUUAAUAAAUAGUUUGCGGGUAGCGAUGGGUGGAACCGACUAAUUUUGACUAUCGAUAGUUUAAAAAACAACCGAGUAAAUAGAUAGUUUGAAACUAUCGAGUAUUUUGAUUGUUUUCGCUCGGUAGUGCCCAUUAUUAUUUUUGGGACUCUGUGACGUCAAUGUAUACUUUGUUGUACAGAACGGUCAAUUCUAUCGUUAAUCCCGUCAUUAUCUCGGGAAGUAUACUGUGCAUUUUUUUCCGAUUUUCUUUUCAAACAAAUUAAAAAUAAUAUACUGAUUACACAAAAGCUUUUUCCUGUAUACUUUUAUAGCCACUUUACGUCGCAUUUCGAUUUUCAAAUGGAAUUUCUAGACCACUCCCGUUUAUAUUGAGAACGCGUAUAGAAUUGGGUGGAAACUUAACAAUAACUAAUAUUGAUUAUCACUUUCUUCGGUUAUUUUCGUUUGGGCAGAUCCGAAUUAACGGUACAAUCGCGUUAUCAUCGCGCAGACGCAGUUUGUCGGAGAAAUAAUAUUUUACCUUUGAUAGAACAAAAUUCGCAGUUAUUAACAAUUUUUCCAUUUGCACGAAUGAACGACCAGAUUGGUCUUGCAAUACGCUAAACGGUACGGUCUUUGCUACAAAAAGCGGCGGAUAUUUUGACGGAUGGUUAUUUAAGCAGGUUUCUCUUGGUUUCGUCCGAAGCUCGUUCGAGGGGUCUGAGUUUAGUGUUUUACUAAAUUCAUAAACUAUUAGCAAUGUAUACAAUGUAAAAAUUAUUGAUACGCGAAAACAAAAUGUAACGUAAUAAUUAUUGAUAUGAACAUAUUAAAUAUGUUUACCAUAUUACAUAAUGCCAUAUUUAAGCGUGUGACAAUUAAUUAUAUCUUUGGCCUCGGGGCAAAAACAGCUCGAGUCUAUUUCGUAUAGUUGUCACUACGAGAAAAUUAAAUUUUUUAACGGUUAAUGAAUUGUUAAUCGCCAAACGGUUUAAAAACCUAAAGAAGGUUGAGACCGAAGAUAGGGUAAGGUAGGGUGCAGGGACGUAGUGGUGAUAAGGAUAAGAGCCGUAGAAUAUUUUUUCCCCGGUUCGGUGAAAUCGAUUACGAAUAAACGAUAGUAUAUACCAGGGGUGGCCAAACUGCGGCUCUCGUCAUAGAUUCAUGCGGCUCGCAACUUAUCGUAAGGUACAAAACAUUUUUAUAAAAAAAAAAAUUUUUAAUAUGAAUUUAUGUAUUUGAAGAUGCAUAUUAUUUUAUUAAAUUACAAUUUAUCGAACACAAUUACCAAACAAAUAUAGUGUUUUUGAUGUAAUAUUUUUAAUUGUUAAUCAAUAUUUUAUUUGUAAGUUUUUUGAUGUCAGCCUUAUACGUCGUUAAAGCAGUCCUCACAGUUCCGUUAAAUAAUCAUCCGUUUAAAUUGAGCGAUGUUUAGCGAUUUUAUUAUUUUCAUUGUCUAGUAUAUAAAGACUCGCCAGAAUAUGUUGUUCCGAAAAUUCUCCACGUUUUAUUGUACAUUUUGAUAUCUUAUCUAAUUUACGAUAAUCAUGUACAUACAUACAUAUAUAUAUAUUAAUAUGACCUUUUUUUUUUUUUUUUUUUGCAUUUCGGCUCUUCCAUAUUUAUUAAUAAUAUUGUUUGUAAUAACCGUGUAACCGAUAAUGAAUAAUAUAACCAAUCGUCAAAACACACUAAAUAUUUCACCGAAAAUGUCGUCCCCCCCCCGUGUCUAGCGCGUUACAAUUAGCCGCGCUCUACGCCGGUCCUCACCCCCUCUCCGAUUUCUCAAUUGAACGCAGUCCGUUCGUUUAACGUAUUGUCUAUUACUGUACUAUACGGUUUCGGUUGCGCGCGAGGACGACGGCCGACCGGCGAACGGAGCGCAGGAGACUCGCGGCGGUGUUUUCCCCGCGUAUGACAGUUUAGACAAAAAAGGAACUCGACGUUGAUUGACAGCGAUUUAUAUAAAAUACGAAAGAGCCGCCGCCGUCGGAGACACGCACGACUCGUCCGUCGCUCCUCUGUCGCAUCGGCGGCGGCGGCGCCGGGCCCUCCAGUGCGCGUGCGCUCUCCGCUCGCUGGUCCCCCUCCUCCGCCGGGUCCCCCUUCACGUUUUAUAUACCCGCGCCCGGUUGAUUGAUGCGUCGUACCUUACCCGCUUGUACACGCGCACGCACGCACGCACGCCCCAGAUUAGAUAGGAGAGCGCAUUAUUAUCAUUAUUAUCAUUAUUAUUAUUAUUAUUAUUAUCAUCAUUAUUAUUGUGUGUGUCACACGGACGUCUCUUUUAGACGUAAUGAUUUUGACAUAUCUACCGACGACGACCCGAAGAACCGCUGCCGCGGAACGGGGGGGAGGGGGAGACGCGGCUGACACACACGUCACCUAACCUACCUACCGUACUUAUCCAUCUCUGUAUUAUUAUUAUUAUUAUUAUAUACCUGUACACUUCAUAUAUUAUUAUUAUUAUUAUAUUAUAAAAUAUAAACUGCACGCGGGAGAGACGGAGAGACAGCGACAGAGGGGAGAGACAGUCGAUCGAAAUUAGAUUACAUGUUGUUAUUAUUACUAUACGGAUACCGGCGGUGUGCGCACUCUUCGUUUUAACGGUAUAUUGUCGGUACACGGUGCGGUGUAGCUAUACCUAUAUGUUGCGGGAAAAAAAAAAACGGUUUUUUUUUUAUUUUUUCUGUUGUGUCGUGUUUUUUUUUUGUGUAGUUUUGGAGACAUCCGCGCGGGUCGGACAGUGCAGACGUCAGCGCGCGUAGUGUAGCGGUAAAAAUGUGUUCGAAACCGCUCGAAAAAAAUAAUAAAAUAAAAUAAGGGUGUCCUCCCGGCGACGGUAAACUAUCGGAAUGUCGGAAUUUCGAGUACAUUAUUUUGUUUGACUACGACGACCGUUUCGAUCCGUGCGGACGGGAGUGCAGACUCGAUGUUUUAAAAUACGAAAUUCGGUAAAUAUAACACGCCGUUUGAACGGGGGCGCGUCAUAAUAUCGUCGUAAAUCCGACCGAAACAAUGUGCGCGGUACACUAUAUUAGAGGGCAAUACGGAAAUCUUAAAAGAGCGUCGUUUUAUACGCAAACGAAUAAUAUGAUUAAAACGUCAAAAACGUGCAUGUAAUAUACGUGCGUAAUCGAUUAUUAUUGUUAUUGUUAUUAAUUUACGGGCCUCUAUAUUCACAGUACAGACUGAUUAUAGUGUACAGGCGAUAUUCUGGGAGAAUUUCCGGUUUUUUUUUUUUUAAAUUUUUAAUUAUUUUACACAGAACCGUUUAAGCUUUAUUUCAAUAUCAUUUUAGAAUUUCGCGCUUUUAAUCGAUCACACACACACUUUAGACGAACGUACACAUUUCGAAACACCAUCGACUCCCCCUAAUUUACAAACACGUAUUCGAAUAGUUUUCUAUACAAACGUUGCUAUUAUAUCCCGUAUGAGAGUUAUAGUUUAAAAUUUAGACCGGAUGAGCACAGAAGAGCGUCGUAUUAACUUCUUGUCUGUUUUUGACGAUCGAAAGAACACGUGGCAAUUAAAUUCCUUUAAAAUCCUCCGAACAAAAAAAAAAAAACCAACGCUGGUUAGCGGUCAAUAAUAGAUCGCUCUGUAUUAUUGUAAAAAGGCACAUUUGCGGACACGAUAACUCGUGUUGCGCAAUAUAUGUAUAUAUAUAUAGAUUCGUAUUAUUAUCUUUUUAUCGGUAUCUAUACGUUUUGUAUACAUUACGUCGCGCGCAACGUAAUUAUUAUUUGAUCGAUCAUUUCGCAUUCGCAUUCCGACGAGCAUAAUGCUAUUUUUUCGUGUUCGCCUAAAUUAUUAUACCAAUGUUAAAAUGUUAAAUUAUACUUCUUAUAAAGCUAUAAUAAUAUGAUAUCCGCACGGCAUCUGUUGAAUACAAACGCAUUAAAUAUUUGUUUAUUGUCACGUGCGCGGCAAUCGAAACGUACGUUAUAAAGUGUGCGGUAUAAAAUUAUAAUUAAAAUCGUUAUGUGUAUGUACUAUAUAAACUGUGAGUACCUUAGAAAUUACAAUUAUCAUAAUAUUAUCUGUUGAGAGGACGUCGUGGCGCGUUCAGUGUCGAAAAGGGGUUGCGCAGACGAUGAUUUUCGUUUCAGUUUUCGAACAAAUCGCGGAAAACACUCGUUCCAGCAGCAAAGCGGACAAAACAUAAAGGUACCCUCUUUUAAAGCGAUUUUAGAGUUUUGAUUGUUAUGGAAAUUGAUUAAUACGACUGUGUGGAGAACAAUGGAACAAUAUAUUUUAUUAUAGUUGUACGUAUAUAUUGCUCGAAUAAGACGGUACCUGUACGCGAUUGAUAUUAUAAUAUUUAUUUCGAGACCGAAAAGUGGUGGGAUUUUUUUUUUUUUUUUUUACAAUUGUAUAAAACACCACAACGAAUCCGUAACUUUUUUUUGUUCAUCUCCAAUGGAUAAAGCGGUGUUAAACAAAAAAAAAAAAAAAAACGGCAAAAACCGUAGGUACCCGUUCGUUUCGAACGAUUUUUCGCGUUUCCCCGUAACAACUGCUGCAAUGUUCGGUUACUAAAUUAAUAUAAUACACGUAAAAUCUGUUGGGAUUUUCGGUCGGGCGGCGGCGGUGGCUACGGCGGCGCCCCGUGGCAGCGUUUCCAUUCACACGACGGUCGGCGGCGUGCGUACUCGUAAACUUCACCGCCGCCCUCCACGCCAGCGUUGUUCGCGUGGCCCAUUCAAAAUUGUCUCCCCCUCCGUGCGUAGCUAUGCACGCGUCGUGGCGCGCAACAAGCGCAAAAGUCGGUCAAGAGUAUUCUGCGGCGCCGGCCGGAGAGAUCCGCGGGGAGAGAAAAAAACGAAAAAUAUCGUUUUAAUUUUAUUCAAUAUUAUUAUUAUGUAAACAAUACGCGCGGAAAUAUUGUAACUGUUUCGCGUAUUGUAUCGGGGAGAAAAAAAAAAUAAUGGGAAAACGUAAAAUAUUUAUUUUUUUUUCGUAUAAUUACGACCCCGCGGCGGCGUCGGUGGCGACCGUGCGCUGCGCUGUGUGUGUGCGGGACGUGUCGAGAACGAUUGAUUAUUUUUUAAUAAUAAUAAAAAAAAAACCGCACAUCGGCCCGUUUACAUGGCAUUCCGAAAACGCGUCAGCGAGAUAAUAAUCAUAAUCAUAAUAUAUACAUAACCCGCGAUAACCGUUGGCCUAAUUUCUCGGGGGACCGGUUGUGAAAGAAGAAAAAAAACAUAACGUAUAAUAAUAACGAACACAUCAUGACAUAUUACUAUAAAAUAUAAUGCGGCCGGAGAAAUAAAUAAAAUAUUAUCAUAAUAACGCGUAAUAAAAAUACAAUAUCGGCCCGGGCAGUCGGUAUAUUUAUUACGGUGUUUUUUUUCCCCGGGGUGGGGAGUCAAAGUAGACUAGUGCGGUCUAUAAAAUAUAAUAAUAAUCGUGUUAAUCGCGUUUCGAAUCGACCAAAGAGCAGCUGCGCAGGCGUCGCUGAUGGAUUAAGGUUUUCUAUAAUAUUCUAAUAAUAUAUAUAUAUGUAUAUUUAAAAAAAUGCAUAAAAUAUUUACAUAUUUUACGCGCGCCCGCACUGUUGCGCUGUGCCCACCUAUACAGUACGCGUAAUUCUUCAUUAUAAUCGUCAGUGCAGGCGGAUGUUCGUUUUGAGAUCGGUAUCGCGAGUACUGUAAACGAAUUGCAGAAAGUGGAGGGUACGAAUUUAGAUGAAGCAGCCGUUUCAUCCGUGACCGGAACCGGGCGGGUGAACGUGUGCGGCAUUAUCGUUAGAACGAUUACUAUAUUAACGAAAAAUGCGAAGUAUCGCACGCCAGUAACGUCUAGUAUGUAAGCCUAGCCUUAGGGUUACGGGUCCCGAUUCUUCGGGAUUUCGGUUGUGUGCGGGUUUCUCGCCAUGAAACUGCUUCGUAGAAAAAAAAAAAAUAAACUUUACGCCGGCAUUGCCCUUCUCCCGUCAACCACGACCUCGGGUCGGCGGAUACCUUACGGGAUAAAACUCUUUCACGUUAUGUAUUUAUAAUAUGAUAUUUAGCAUCUAUUUUGUCGUCGCCUCCGUGUUAUUGUGUGUGUUUGUUCGCGCAUCGCCAUAAUCUCGUCGCGGCCGACUAUCGUAUAUAUUUUAUAAAUCACAUAUAUCAUUCGUUGCCGCACAUAAUAAUAAUAAUAAAAAGAAAAGAGAUCGGCGUAUUGCAAAGGACGACGACAAAAAAAACAUAUGGCCCCUUACGUGCCGCGUUUUUUUUUUUUUUCACUUUUUCUUCCGCUUACAUACACACACACACACACACACACAUAUACGCACGCACGCAGACACGCACGCACGCAUAUAACGCAUCGCACAGCACAGCACACACCCGCGAACGUCGUUUUGUUUAUUUUAUCAUCAACACACAAAUAUUGCGAAUACGUCUCUCCGACCUCCAUCAUUUAUACAGGUGUCAAAAGAAGAAGUAUAGAAUGAAAAAAAAAAAAAAAUAAAUAAAUAAAAGGAAAUAAUAUAUAUAACUUGUGGUAUAUAUACGUAUACAAUGUCGCGCACGCACACGUACGAUAGUUAUUUUUUCAGCUGAACGAGCGUGUGCCUCGCUUCACCCUCCCCUCCCCCACCCCACGUCGCCGUCUUUUCCCACAUCCCUUACCCGCCCCUCAAUGCGUGCAGUCGAUUCAUACACACACACACGACUACCGCCGCCGCACGUGUUAUUGCAUAUAGCUGCUGGUAGUCUUCGAAGUCACUCGAAAACGCAAAAGCGCGGUGUAUAAACGGCGCAAUUAAAAUAUAUACGUAAUAAUAAUAAUAAUAAUAAUAAUGUGAUAGUGUAUAGCUUAAAUAUUAUAAUAUAUUAUGCACAAGAACGCGCGCAUAUAGUGACACAACUCGGAACGUUCGAUUUUUUAACUCUAUACCGGUUUUUUGAGCCUACCAAUAUUUUGAUAAUGGAACUUGUAUAAUAAUAAUCAUAUAUAUAUUUACAUAUAGUAGUCGACACACACGUUACAGUAUUGUGCGCGUUUUGUACGAUUCGCAAUAAAUCACCUUGGGACAACGUCGUCAUGUGUAUAUUAUACAUGUAAUAAAUGUGAGAAAUCACGUUUUCGUCGAGUUGUGUCACUGUGUAUGGGUAUACUGUUGGGCACCGACAUAAUAUUACGUGUUUCGUCUGGUACAUUAUAAAAAAAAAUGUAUAUGUAUAUAAAAAAUAAUACCCACAGUGUUAUUAUUAUUAUUGUGCGAUACGCAGAUUAGGCAUACAAAAUAUACGUUUAUUCGUUUACAAUUUCGUACCGUUUCUGUUACCUAAACUUGCAGCCGGGCACAGUGUCGUCGGUAAUAAUAGUGUAAAUAAUGUGCUUAAUACAAUAAUAAUCCGUUUAAAUUAACACCCGUCGAUUGAAUAUUAGUCGGAGCGAAACGAGUUUUCUCUUUUUUUUUUUUUUUCAUUUCGUUUUACGAUCAUUAUAAUUUGUAUUAUAUUAUUGUAUAAUACAUAAAGCAGUUAUAUUAUUAGUAUUAUGAUUGCACCUAUAACGAAACGAUACAAAAAUAUAAAUCAUUUUUAAGAGAACGAUAAAAAAAUCAUUGAUAUUUAACACGAAAAAACACCACCCGCUAGCAACUGCAGAGUUACGUCACAAGAGUCGAUUUUCCUCUCACAUUUCGUAUUAUUUAGCUGCACUAUGCCGAACAAUACAUAAUCGAAUACUACAUAAUAAUAAUAAAUAAAUAAAUAAAUGAUUGAAUUUAAUCGAAAAACAAACGGUAGGGGUUGGACUUGAAAGUCGAAACGAGCAAAAACUCAUCCUCGAUACUAACACCAAACGUGUACACGAUUUUAUACUCCUAGAUUAAUUUGGGGGGGGGAGAGUUUAUAGAGAUGUUCAAAGCUAAAUAAACCUCCCACAAUAACGUGAUUAAAUAUCCGUACUGCAGAAAUUCGACUCGACUUUUAAUCCGUCCGUAAAACAAUUCUCAUUGCCGGCGAGCCGUUAAGAAUAUCCGAAAGAAACGGGUGAAACAUUCACUCGUAUUUAAACACAACAUAAUAUAUUCUAUUUACGGGGAAAAUUCGACAGUAAGAAAUAUCGUAAUCUUUUUUCGUUCGACGAUGCGUUUAGUGAAACGGGAAAGCCGUCGAAAAUAUCCUCUCUAAACGUCGCAGCAAUCCGCGUUUGAACCGUCUCAUUUAAAACGCCAUGUAGUUCACGUGUUUCGAGUCGCCCUUUAUCGUUAGACCGAGAUACUGCGGUCUAUAUAAUACAUUAUGACGUGACUAUAUAUUAUUAGCCGGGCCUCUAGUAACGACCCGAAAACCAAACGGGACUUUGUAACGAAAAAAAUCCGCUGUCAAUCUGUAUAUGUAGCGUCAGCUAAUCAUACGACAUCAUACCGACGUCCCCGGCGGCAGGUUGUUUCGCCGCAUACGGACACACAGCAUAAUAAUAAUUUUUUUACUGUUUUUUUUUUUUGUCAAUAAUAAUAUCUGUAUAACGAAAAUUUCCGCGCGGGGUGGAUGAUAUAGGUACAUAGGUAUUAUAUUAUACAGGCUUUUAAAAUGUCGCGUCGUAAACGCGUCUCCGGCGGCGGCGGCGGCGGCGGCGGGGAGAAGAGACAGAUGUUAUCCCGCGCGUCCUAUUAUAAAUCUAUUAUACGAGUACACAUAUUGUAAUAAUGCGACGAUAUUCUAGUAUAUAAUAUAACACAGUAUAUAUAUUGUCGUUAUAUUCUAUAGACAAUGGGGUCCUCUCUCCGAAUUCCCCGCGGUUUGAACGUGACGCGUUUUAACGAAAAAAAUAAAAUAAAAUAAAAACGAACAUUUUUUUUUUUUUUUUCUUUAUAUUUACAACCGUCCGGCAGUCCGCGAUUGCCAUCUCUCUUGCCGCACACAAUCCCAAUAUUAUCGUGUUUAUAACGUAUACCUAUAUAUUAUUGUUGUUAUUACAGUCUGGUGCGGCGACGAUGAUCCGCCCGGACGGUGCCCACGCGAUCGUAUUAUAAUAUUAUACGCGUGUCCCCGCGGUGGUGCCGUCCACAAUUUUCGCCCGUCGAAACGCUACGGCAAUCUCCGCGGCGGCGGCGGCGGCGGCGUCGUCGUCGAACAUUAUUACAAAUAUUAUCGUAUAAAUUCCCCGCAUAAUAUAUCAUCGUGUGUGUGUGUUGUACGUUUUCGCGCUCCGGUUUUCUUUUGAAAACUUCGCCGGUGUGUAAUAAAUUCGGGUUUUUUUUGUUUUUUUUUUUUUCUACAAAAAAAUUUCUAACAAAUAACUCCCGUGUAUAGUGCCUAUACUAUAAAAUAAAAUAUAAUAUAUGUUAAUGUUGCAAUGACGACGACGACGACGACGACGGACGCCAUAAAUCAUAAAAUAAUAUACGCCCGGCUAGUUAUUCCGAACAGACCGAUAAAACACAAUAAUAUAUAAUACCGAGGUAAAAACGUUUCGGAGAUUUUCGUCGGACAAUCCUAUUAUUAUUAUUAUUAUUAUUAUUAUAUUGUGGCUCGGUCGCGCACAUUGUAUAUUAUUUAUACAGACUCAUCGAACGCGCAGCGGUUCGCGGUUAUAGUUUCGUCCAAAGACGGUGGAUAUAUAACGUGCCUACAUAUUGUAUAAUACGGCGGAGAAUUGAUUGGAUUUUUAACGAUACAUCACGGACGGGUUACUCGAGGAAUAAUGAUGAUAAUAAAACGCUAUCGCCGUAUAAUUAUCAGCAUUAUAAUACUAUAUCGUAUAGUGAUAAUAAUAAUAAUAAUAAUAAUAAUAAUAAUAGUGACGAGGAUGGCGAGUCGAACGACGCGAGGGGUGAUGUCCGCCGUUCGCUUUCCAUAUCAGACAAUACCGCGGGAUUUUCAUUAAAAUUUUUACGACCCGUUCUUUCGUAUGUACGUAUACCUGUACUAUUAUUCCCAUGGACCACAUCCAUAAUAUUAUAUAGUUUUUUUUUUCGUUUUCUCCCCGAUCGUUUCCGAAUAUGACGGCGACGACGACGACGACGACGGAGAUGAUGAUAGGUUCACGGCGUUUUAUUUUCAAGCCCCGAACAUCGUAUAUUAAUGACGAUAAUAAUAAUAUCGUGUGUAUUACGCGUGUAAUACGUACGAGAUUGGCUAUAAUUAUAUUAUACUCGUAUUAUUAUUAGGAGGAGGAGGUGUACAAUAAUUUUCUCCGUUGCUCAGUUUUUGCCGCCCGGUGCCCAUCAGCUUUGGCGGCGGCGCGGACUGUGUAGACACUGUGCUGCACGGGUAUUACAGGUACUUACGAAAAAUAAGUAAAAAAAUUUCAACCGUAUAUUUACCGGUUCGAUUUUUAUUGCUUUAAAUAAUAGGCCGUGGCGCCCUUUGUACAUAAUAUAAUAUCCGCUGCCGCCACUGCCACCGCCGCGCGUAAUUGCAAUUUUUCGUUUACGCGUUAUAUAUUACCGGUACAAGAGGCUCUCUCCGGGAGAAACUACGAAAUUGGUUCCCGGGCCAUAAAAAAAAAAAAAAAAAUAAUAAUAAUAAUAAUAAUAAUAAGACGUACGAUUCGGUUCCCGAUAAAAAAAAUUACACGGCGCCGUUAAACCUUUCGGAUCGGUUCUCCCGGUAUAGGUUUAAGUAAUAAAACGUUUUAAUCGUGUUUUAUUUAUCGCGGGAAAAUUCGGAUCGUCCUCGACCGUCAAAAUCCCAGACUGGGGUCCCCAGUAUAAACUUGUUAAUCAAUCGAAAUCCGUCAAAUCCAAACCCUAUGCAGGUUUGUGUAUAUAUCUUUUAGGUCUAAAUAUUAUAUUCUUUCGGACGACUGCGACCGCCUCGAGUUCGGAUUUCUUGUAGAUUUUCUAUAGACAGUCCCAAGUCUGUGUAAAAUGGGAAGCAAAUCGCUAUUGGUUUAUUAUUCUUUAUAAAAUUAUGCUUACUUCAGUUUAUCGGAACCAAUUCGUAGAUGUAUAGAUAUUACAUAUAGACUACCCGGGUACCAAUUCAGUAAUUGGGAACCAACUCGUAGGCGUCCCUUUACCGUUUCCCCUGCAGUCCCAUUACCGCGACACACGCACUCGCUUCCAUCUGAUCUGUUUUUAUCUAAUCGAGCUAAUGUUUUUCAGUCUCGCAUUCCGAUUUUUAUACCAUAGAUUGUAUCGUCUAUCUACCGCCUUUGUUUUCACCUACCCGGUGGUGCAGGUCUUUCGCCGUUAGAUUUCAUAUUCCACAUCGGACCGUGAUACGUAUUGAUAACGAUGAAUACGUUGACGAUAACGACUACGAAAAUAUUAGGAAGUUUAUGACUAUAUAUUAUUUUAUCGUAUACUUGUCUGUUAUACGUAUAACGGGGACCUAAAUGUGAAUUGUGUAAAUAGUUCACGAUUUCGCACAUUUAUUGUUAUUUUGUUCGUUUCGUAUAGAGCGUGUUUUCCGAAAGCAAACUUUCGUUCCGGCAAUUGGUUUACCGUUUAAGUGACGGACGUUGCAAGUUCAUUUGUCGUCUCCGUCUUACAAACGCACGACCUGGCAAACUUCCGUUCAGCAGUGCCGAUUUCGUGCUGUUAGUUUUAAAAUAUCGGAGCGGUCUGUUAUCUGUAAACUUAAAGGGCAGUACCGUGUUUGUACGUAAUUGGUUUUUUGUUUUGUUUUCGUUAUUUUUCAAACGAGAUACGAGUGGCGCGAAACAUCGCGUUUUAAAAAUGCAUAUAUAUAUAUAUAUACAUUUCGCAUGUAACGUCGAAUAAAAAAACCUACACGUAGAUAAUGUUUUUAUAUUGUACAUUGAAGUUUGAUCGUAUUGAUUCACCGUGAAUACCCGUAACAAUAUCGCGCGGAACUGACCACGGAACAAAGUCGGCCCGGCCGGACGUAAAUUCGCGUCCGUCCUCGUGACAUAUACGGUGAAGCGAAAAUGAAACUAAACUGUUUUUAACGAAAAACUCUGCGCAACGUAAAAAUCACUAAAUAUGCAAGGGACGGUUUGUUUAUUUAUAACCCGAGCGUCAGUUCGUUGACCUUCUCUAUUGCGAAAACUCUCUAUAACCGAAUAAAUCUCUCGGUCCCUUAAGAUUCGUUGUCGAGCGUUUUCACUGUAUUACAUAUUUUACGUACACGUGUUGUUAUAAAAACGUUCGUUUCCAUUCGCGGCGAGGUGGCGCGCGGAUUUUUCGACUGUCAUUACGCAAUGUUUUACCGCAACGGAUCGCCCGGCAUAAUCAUACGCAUGCAUAUAAAUACACUGUAACGUGCCCGUAUAAUGUCGUCGCGGAGGGGAGCGCCCACGUCGCGUACACAAUAUGACACACAAAAUAUCUGGUUUCGAUGCGAUUUUACGACACGAUUAUAAUAUUAUCGUUAUUAUUAUUUACGCCGAAAUGGUUAUGCCGUAUCAAUUUGAAUUUGCCGCCGCGAGUGUUGCACAACGUGUGUAUCAUUUGCAUUCAUAUUUUGUGCGCGGUAAAAACGCAAUAUAAAUCACGGCGUCGCAUUGUGUACAACAGGUACGUCCCGUAUACCGUGAUAUCCGCCGUAAAGAGUUGUUUGACGCCGCAGACGUAUUAUCCGUUCCGUGCGUAUGAUAUUUCAGUCAUAACGGCCGUCGCAGUCGCGCGGCGGCCAGUGCCCGUCUGUACCUAUAUUAUAACGACAUUUUAUGCGCGUAUCGGCUCAAUCGCCGUGCGAACAAUAAAUAAAUUACAACCCGACCCACUCGAUUUAAAGACAUAUUUUUUAUUUUUUUUUCUCGGUGUUUUUUUAAAUUCCGUUUCGUACGCCCGUUAUACACACUACCGGCCGUAUAAUACGCGCAGCGCGUCGCGUACACGUCCGUCGUGUGGUUUCCGUCUACUCGGAAAACGCUUUUGAACGCGCGGAUUUCAGACAAAAAAAAAAAAAAAAAUGUUCAAAUGUACCGACAGUUUUCCAUUAGGAUUUGAAAAACCCGAGCCCGAACGGUUUUAUUUUCGUCUGUUACUAUUUCGCGGUCGCCUCGGCCAUGGGGUCGACUGGACGAAGAAAACACGACUUAUACACAGCUAACGCGUUAUAAUACUUCGCUCGGAAUACGUUUUGUUUCCCCCCCCCACUCCCAUCACCAAAUUUCUAUACUCACGGUUUAUCGUCGUGAAUGUUAUUUACAAUACCCUAUAAACAUUAUCGUACCGUACACAUUGUAUACGAGCGUACGUACCUUUCAAACUUGCCGUUUCUGCAAAUACAGUGAUUACCCGCUGGCUCGAAAAAAAAAACAAUACCAAUAAAAUAUAUUACGGACAAGUCGUCGUCGCGGUACACACACGCGGUUAAUUUAUGUACGCGCACCGCGACUCCGCCGGCGGAUUGUCGUUUAGAGGUCGUAUAGGUUUUUUUUUGUGUACACGCGCGCAGACGUAUAGCAGGUUUGUUUUCGUCCGUCCGUUCGGGUUUUUUUUUCCCUCCCCCUCCCCUCCCCGACAAUUUCAUUCCAUUUAAAUAUACAUCCAAUAUUAUCGCUUCGCGUCCGAAUACUGCCAUUACGGCGUGGAACACGAUAUCCGCCGCCGCCUCCUCCUCGAAUCCCAUAAAGAGGAUUUUGACGUACAGAACAAUGGCGGCCGAUAAGACACUCUCGCGCAUGCGAGCGUGUUUACGUCGUCGUCGCCGUCGUCGCUCGCGCCGCCGCUGCCGUAUAGUUUCCCCGGCCGCAGAAAUUUCAAGAAUCUGUCAAAAAAUCUCCCGACCCGUGUGCGUAUUAUUAUAAUAGAGCCGGAGACGAGAACUGGUUUUGUUUUCGUCGUACGCCCCGGCGAAUGCCUCUCUCCACGAAUAUGUUAAUUUGCCCGACGAAAAAUAAAGGGAAAAAAACCGAACCGCACCGAAAACACGUAGUCCUCCUCUCCGUUUCGCCGUCUCUCCGCGACGACGUGUCUUCUCGGCCUAUUGUCGCCCAUAUAAUACGUGUACCUUAUAUAAUAAAACCGUAUGUUACGAUACGUUGGCGCGCCGGACGUUUCCGAAAUUAAUGGACUCGAAAAACGCGCGUUUUUAUUACGGGACGACGUCGUCGGUUUUUCUCGAAACUCUCGACCGACCGGGCGACACAUUAUACGAUUGGGAUUUUCGGGGGAGCGGUGGGGAGGGGGGGCGAAAAAAAAAAACUCGCCUAAAAGGACAAUAAAACCCCGUAUACCCAGAGUGUAGUGCGCGGUUAUACUAUUAUUACCUAUUAUUGUAAUGUACGACCGGGUGAUUUAUUAGACCGUCGUCGUCGCCGCCGUCAUCGCGCGCGGGUACCGUUACAAUUUUUCCCGCUCUAUUAUCGUUUAUCGCGCUCGCCGACCGAUCGUAUCGCGCGCGUCGUCGUCGUUGCGAUUGUGUUAUCUGUCCGGCCGCGUUACCGAGACGAUUGUUUUUAACGGUUUUUUUUAAUAUUCCCUCCGGUUGUAUAGCCGCGAGGCGCCAACGCCGCCGGUCCCUCUAAUUUUCUAAUGCCCGCGGCGAAACGUUCUCGGUCGACGGAAUCGAGGGCCGAGUGCGCGAUCCGAGUCGCCCAAUACUAUCGGACACCCGUAUUCUAUUGAAAUCCAACGCAUUUACUACGGCGGUCGGGACGGGCGGGCGCAUUGGCGGGCGCGCGGAAAAUUAAACCGACGAUUCAAGACACUUGGCGCCGCCACCGAAUCAAUACCACGCAGUAUUCACGUACUUUUCUAUAACCCGCCGCUCAAUUAGAAAACAAUACAGAAAAAAAAAAAAAAACAAAUUACGCGCUCCGUACGCUUGGAAAUCCGUUCGCGACGGACCGCCCGGACGAAGGUACAAUAAUAACGAACGUAACGCGCCCGGGGUUUUCGCGCGUUUCCGCCGCGGGCCCGAGGAUGUGUUCGUAUACGUGCACGCGGGCGCUGCGCACACGCUACUGUACAAUACGCGUACGGUAUACCCCGAGGACCUCGCGCGCCGGGCCCACACACGGAAACAGACAAUUCGCGCGGCUACUGCCAAGUGAUAGACACGGAUGAAUGCCCCUCAAGAGAAAUAAAUAACAACGGGGGCCCCGACGCCCGCGCGAUUUUCAAUCUAAUUCCGUUCGAUCCGCACUCGUUCCCGCCGACCGUGUAUUGUAAUGCGCGCAGCGACCUUUUUCCCGCGACCCGCCGCGUCCCGUCCGCGCACGACGGAAUCGCGCCCGGAGCUGCUCGGAAAAAAUAAAUAAAUAGUACGCGCACUUUGUGUAGUACGAGGUGCCUGCGCGGCCGGGAAAGUUUUUUUCCGGCUUCGGACCCGGUGCCGGGUUUCAUCGGUUCGUUUGUUCACGUAAUCGCUCCGGACGGGCCGAUUCUCGACGUCGCGGGCUCGGUUUCCCGCGCCCGCGAUCCACACGCGUCGCGUCCCGCGUAUACGCGCGCAAUACACCCGAGCGAUGGAUUGUGCCCGCGCGCACGUAAUUUUUAUGGGUUUUUUAGUCGGUUGUACACUACGCGUACGCGCGCCGGUCACAAUAACACCGUGUACGGGUUGUGCCUGUUGUUGUUGUUGCGGUCAAGAAGCGAAAACCUGUUUCCACGUCGCCGUCGUCCGGAGUGACGUGCUUCUCCAUCCGAGUGACGAGACGGUGCGGCCGCCCGGAAAGGCUUAUAGGUGCAGGGUAUACACGCGCCGCGCACGCACGCACGCACGCCCCGGACGCGUAUUAUAUUAUUUCGAACGCGCGUGUGUGCAUUUUCGGAUUGAAAUUAAAUCCGUUACGAACGUCUCAUGCGGAAAACCGUACGUCGCCCGUCACUACCUGUCACGUCUGCUCCGCCGCCGCGGUAUUAUUCGAGAACUCGCCGGUGUAUUAUACCUAACCUACGAAAUUCGAAUUUAGGAUUGAGUUACCUACGCACGGUCCGCUUGUCGCGCGGCGCGUAUUUCGUGCGUUUUUAGCGUCGGCCGAACGGUUCCGAUAUGAUAUACGCGCGCGCGCCUCGUGUUUAUUUUAUCGUAGUGUUUUUUUUUUUUUAUUUUUUCAUUAUUAUUUUUUCGUUUCGUCGUCUAUCGCGCCGGUCGUCGCCGCCGGUCGAUUUUUAAAAUACCUAUAGGCGUCGUUACGCGUCAGCCAUUCGAUUAUAAUGUUGCCAAAAAAAAAAAAAAAAAAAAAAGGAAAUCUACGCAACGUCAUUGUCGAUUGUUGCGCGCGCGCGCGUUUAAAUAGAUUAUUUAUUUGCCGAGUCUAAUCCCGGACACCCUUGUCGACGUCGCGGGCCAUUUACCUACAGCAGCGAUGUUGUGCAACAUACCUACGCACGCCUAAUAAUAAUAAUAAUAAUAACGACAAUAAUCGUUUGCCGAGCGCGACGCACACGUCUUAUACGGGCGACACGAAUAUUCGGUGCGUUACACAAUGACGAUUGCGAAGAUACGAAAACGGACGGACCGGCGGACCGGUCGGUGAUUUACCGACCGGACACACACACAGCCGGGCGCAACGACAACAAUAAUAUCGUACAAUAACGGAGACACGGUAGCGGGCCGAAAAGUCCCCGAAACCUCUCGGCAAGAGAAAAACGACAAAAAAAAAAGAAAAGGACCUUCGGAUUCCCGGAGAACGCCGCGGGAAUUCUUACCCGGGAAACGGUCGUCACGGAUUACGCGCUUGUUACAUUGUUGUCACUUUACACGUACCUAUGUGACGUGUUAUACACGCGCGAUUAUUCGUCGCGACGGAUGCCCGGCAUUCGCGCGCGCUCGUCGCGUGAAAGAAGACGGCGGAGCUAUGGGGACGGACGCGAUAUCGCCGGGUUUUAAAUUUAGACGCUCGGCGGCGGCCGUGUUGAGCGUUCCGCCAAAAAACGACGACGACGGCGGCGGCGACGAGCCGGCCGAGACGUGACGAUACGCAAUGACGAGACGACGGACCGGGGAGAGUAAAUACGUACGCGUACGGGAUUGGCGGCGGCGGGACAGUGGAAGAGCGCAUUGUAACGAAUUAAGGGCACGGCGAACGCGACGUACGCGUCUGUACGUUCGGUACGCGUACCCGCCGCGCGGCGGACGCGUUGACGGACACGAUCCGUUGGUCGUCGCGACGGCGACGCGACGCGGCGGUCGUUAAAACGCGAACGUUGGAUUAUUCGCGCGGUAAUAAUUCCCGGAACGGCGGCGGGUAAUAUUAUUAACCUCGCGUGGGACGGAAUGAAAAACGGGUGUAAAAAAAAAAAAUAAUAAUAAUAACAAACGCCGAUGUAAUAAUAUUAUAAUAACGUUGUUCGAACACGACGCCGGGCGCGCGCGUUUUAUUUUUCACGACGAUUUGAAUACCGCCGCUAGCCGGCGGCGGCGGCGGCGACGGGUUCGCGAAGAGCAGGGGACGCGAGCGCGCGCGGGACGGUGACGGGUACGGGUACGAGGGGCAGGGGAGCGGAGGGCAUGACACAUUGAUGCGCGGCGCUGCCGCCGUCCGUGAAGGACUGCGACGACGACGACGACGACGCUGAAGAGUUUAUCUGCUGUACGGGCGACUGAUGGAUUUAUUGGUCCGGCCGCCGGCGUCUUUUUAUACACGCGCGUUCUAUAUAAAAGCGAAAUAACACGACGAGGCUCGGUGCACACCGGACGUGUUUCGAACGCGCGACGAAAACGGCUUGUAUGCUAUGUACGCGUGUGCGCGUCGCUGUCAAAAUGUAAACGCUUUUCUUUUUGUUUUUUUUUAAAAAUUCAAUCGCGACGGCAAGUCGAACGCGAAAACGUUAUCCGCGCGGCGGUGUGUUAACGCGUUCACGGGUCGUUUGUCGUUUGGCGCGGGGUACCGUCGGGCGAGACGGCGAUUUGCAUAAUGUUACCGUGUGGACGCGCCCGGCGAGAAAGACGAGAGUUUCGUCACGAAAUAACAACAACGGUAAUAACAAGAGCGUAGGUACGCGAAAGAAGUGUGACGAGCGACAGGAGGGGGGGGGUUAAAGAAUGAAAACUCCCUCGGUCGUCGGGCGGGCGACAACGCGAAGAGGUGUCCCCCACGGCGGUGCCCGCUAUCGUUCGGAGGGCGUUUGGAAAUAGUCCCGCGAUCGUUUUUGUUCACGGUUCAUAAAUCUCUAUUAGGCCACGGGGGCCGGUCCCGUCUACUUACGGUCGACGCGGUUCUUAUGUGCGUGCGCUCCUCGGUCCAGGAAAAAAAACGAGUUGUCGUCUAAUAAUAACCGCGUGCAGCGUGCGCGAACAACGGAACCAGUUGUGCGCGCGUUAAAUACUUCUAAACUGCUGUUUGACGUGAGCUUGACGGGCCGCGGGGAACAGGUACGCCGCGGACGCGCGGCGCGGAGCCGUACCGGUUGACAGAUCCGUCAACCGUCGUGCCCGUUUACUUUCCUUCCGCCGCCGUAUACGCACGUAAUAAUAAUAAUGACGGCUACGACUGCGAUGACGAUGGCGACGACAACAAUAUAAUAAUAAUAAUAAUCAUAAUAUAUGCUACGGCUAAUUUUCUGCCUGGUGAAAUCCCAAUGCUUUUGUCCCCGCGAGCCCGCCAUUAUACGCCGCCGUACAUUAUAAUAUCAUAAUAGAGGAAUCUACUACACGUAGUACGUACGCAUACAUUCGUGAUCGGGCCUUUUUUUUUUUUUUUCCCCCUUUUAAACCUUUGGCCACCGGGCAACAACACCGUAGUACAUCGUAUUAUUAUUAUUUUUUAUUAUUAUUAUUAUUAUUGUAUUAUAAUAAACAAACGGCGACGGCGCGAAACGUGUCCGUCGUCGCCGUUCGUCAGAGAGAGAGAGAGAAAAGACGCGUUUCGUCACACGAGCGACCCGUUCUAGUUUAUAGUGUUAUAAUUUUAUACAAUAUCGUAUGAUAUACGUGCAGUGUAUACGAUUCGUAUUAUAUCGCGUGUUCUUUAUUAUUAGUAGUGGCGGUAUACGAGCGAGCGCGGGGAGAUGGCCGGAGGGUGAAGGGGAGGGGAGGAGGAGGAGGAGGAGGAGAGCGAAUACCGCGGCGACGGCACUAAUCCCGCGCGUUUCUUUAAUAACGCGAUAAAUCAUCGUCACUCUCCGCCGGCCCGCAGCUAGGUGCCCGGUCCCUGGAUUUAAAUUUAAUAUUUACAAGAGCGCCGGACCGCACGUUUUGGAUUUUAUUUUCGGAGUUUUUAUUGCCCGGCGGGACGUAAACGCGUGCGACGCUCUCCGGUCGUUGUCACCGGCCGGGUAACACGCGCGCCGCUCGCGCGUCUUUUUUCUCCCGAAACCGCUAAACCGGCCGGGCCGGGCGGCGGUAAAAACGUCGCGGCGGCCGGUGGUGAAAAUAAAAUUUUUUUUCGCCAUCUCUCGGCCCCGCGCGUCAGAGUCGCGUCGCCGGUAUUUUUCGAUUCGCAUAAAUAUUCGCUGCGCCGCGAACCGCUGCGGCCGGAAACAAUAAUAAUAAAAUACAACGCAGCAGCAGCAGCAACAACAUCGCACACCGCCGGCGUCCAUCGCGUCAGUACAUCAGCGUUAUAAUCAAUCAUCGUGCCCGGGACGGGGAAAAAAAACUUUGCACAUCACGUUUUUAAAGUCGUUCCGUUGGAUUUCACGGUCCGGCGACUCGACGUUCCGCGUACAGUACAACAAUAAUAAUAAUAAUAAUAUACAGCACGACUAUAAUAAUAUUAUUAUAACAUACCGCCGCGGCCCGUGCGAUUGUUCCGCGUAUCCGGUUUUCGGUCCGAAAAUAUUUCGAUAACGUCGUGAAAUUAACACUUACAAUUGCCGUACCGGACAUCCCCUGUCUGUCUGUCCGUCUUACCGUACGAAUUCGCGUGACGGUUUCGGAGGGAAAAAAAAAACGAAUCCGGAGGGGCGGUCCGCCGCUGGAUAUCGCGCGGUCCGCACCGGCGAAGGUUAAACGGUUUCGUCGUUGUGGGGGAGGAGGCCUAUUUCGGGUAGGGGCUCGGGGGAUAGUCGAGCGCUUUUACAAUCGAAACCCGCGUUUCGAUAGGGGUAGGCGUACGAUUCGUUUAAUGGCGGAUUGACAAUUAAAACGGAAAACCGCCGGACACUAAAAUUGUUGCAGUUGUUUUCUUCGUCCCCCCCCUCCCCCCCGGUACACUUCGCGAUAUUCCGCGGUUCACGCGCCGACGACGAGACGCCGGCAACAAUAUCGGCGACGCGUCAGUGUCGCGGUCCUCGGAAGGGGGUGAAACCCGGAGGCUCGGCGCGCGGUCAAGAACGUGCCUGUCGAAAACCCGCCUGCUUCAAGAAACAAGACGGGGUUUUUUCGCUCGUACCCCGCUCGCCCUCUGCCCCCCCCCCCAUCCCGUCCGUUAGGUUAGUAUUUUGCCAAAAGCCAGGACGCCUCGUCCCGCGGACCCUUCAAUUCCGUUUCGCGCACGCGAAUAAUAAUAUCGUAAAAUCGCCGUUGUAUUGUAAUUCGGCACAAACGCGAAUACCGGGAACGUGCGCGCGACGGUGCCCGGGACGCGUGCCCGCCGGCUGUGGCUGUGCCGCGCGCCGCGCAAAACGUGUUCGCAAAUAAAUUGCCCUCCGGCCGAGUUGCAAGCGGCAGCAGCGCGACUACACACACCCGCGCGCGCGCGGCCUGUGUGCUUUACAUGUUAUUACACGGGCACCUAUACGCGUCUGCUCGUCGUCGACGCACGUCUACGUCGCGCGCGCGUUCUCUCGAUAGGCCUCCGAGCGUGUUCUUUGAUCAAGAGACCCACGGGUCCCGGGCGCGGGGGUUGAGCGAACGGAGGUCGGAGGUCGAGGGCGAAAACAUCGUUACCGGAUAUCUCGUUACCCGGGCCCGCGCGUAAUUGAUUCGCGGAGUCUUUGUGGGGAAUCACGGGCGCCGGUCGGAGGCGAUGGGAGGGAGGGGGGGGGCCGGGCCCCCGAGGCUCUGGAAUUUCGCCGCCUCCCCGGCCCCGCGUUCUCUUUUACGUCGCUAUUACCAUUAUUAUUAUUUUCGGUAAACGAAACAAAAGUUUAAUUCCCGCCGACGUUACAAUAACGCGCGUUCCGCGAAACGACGACGUUACGCGUACGUGUGUAUACCGUUGUUGGUGUUGUUGUUAUUAUUAUUAUUAUUAUUAUCAUCAUCGUCAUUAGAUCGACGGCGGUACGGGUACGUACACGGGUAACAUACGUAUUAUAAUCCGUUUAACCGUGUAAUAUUAUUAUUAUCGUUGUUAUUGUAACGUGUACCGUGUUUAAAUUUUCGUGUACGCGCCGCCGCCGUCGUCGUCGCCGCGAUACGCGUCUAUGGAAAUCGAUCGGACGUUAUUUUCCCGCGCGGGCUCGUUAUCGCGUAAACGCCGACGAGAAAACGACGCGGAACGCCGGCUCGUCCCGUACCGCCCGCGCCGCUUGUAUCCGCGGGGCCACGCGUAAUAACGACGGUAAUCGUUAAGAUUCGAAUUAAUGCGCCCAAGACCGGUGUAGUGCCGUGUGUGCGUUACACGUACUCGUGCGCGCGCAGGACACGGGAAUAAUAAAUAGCGAUCGCGUGUUCGGCCCGGGCAAAAAGGACGGCGGUGAUCAUCAUCGUCGUGCGCUCACGUGUGUGUGUGUGUGUGUGUAACCCUAAAAGUUAUAUUAAUGGCGUAUACAACGCGGGCGCGCGCGCGGAGUAUUUACCGAGUGGUCUACCGGAAUCGAUUACCGCCGGUAACGGUUAGACGGGGGCGGGAGUGGGCGGGAGACAUUGAUGAGCCUGAGUCACCGGGUGAUUGAAAUACGGUCGCGGUAGGUAUGCAUGUAACCGCGCUGGACGGGCCGCGGCGGCGGCGGGGAGUGAUUGAUGGGUGCCAUUAUCGGCUGACGCGUUCCAGACAUCAUCGUGUCGGACGACUAAUCCCGCCGAAGGCCCCCGGGUCCCUUUGUUGUUGUGUGCUGGCGGACACACGCUCGGGUUAUAUAUACACGCAUAUACGCGAGCGCGCGCGUGUGUGUGUGUGUGUGUGUGUGUGUGUGAGUGUGUGUGUGAGUGUGUGUGUACGCGCGGCGACCGCGAUUAUUUAUCGUCGCUCUAGUUGCGUAAACAUACGUAUAUAUAUAUAUAUAUAUAUAUACAUAUACAUGUAUAUAUAUACAUAUAUACGUCUAUACGGUUACAAUAAUUAAUGUCCGUAAACGAACGCGCGGAACAACGCUCGCGACGACAAAACGGCGCGAAACCCGAGUGGAAAUCACGUCGUCGUCGUGCGCCACGAUCGUCGGCCGCCCCGGCGAAAUGCUUUUUUUUCGGACUGGGCCGCGUCGCAAUAUCGAAAAUUAUUGUUUUCGCCGUACCGACAAAUAGGCUCACGUUUCGCGCACAACGCGCGGCGCCGCGGAAUCCGCGAGCGACCGCGGCGACGGUUUUCGCACGGCGGUCGGCGCGAACUUCCAUCCGUUCCCGCGCGGUGUCCGUGACCGUCGUCCGACGACAAUGCUCGCGCGGAACGUGCGGCAGCGCCGUCGUUUCGACUUCGGGACAAGAGCGCACCAUUUACGGAGGUCGCGGAGAACGGUGUUCCGGUGAUUUUUUCGUAUUAUGAACUAUCGUAAAAGUUACGGUUAUUUGAAAGAAAAAAAAAAACAACGUUUGUCGCGACCGUCGACUCCGAAAUCGAAAUCAAGAUGGUUGUAACCAAUUACGCGUUGUUCUUGCACGUCGCCCGGUAGUCGGACCGAGACGGUAGACGCGGCGGGUGUAUUAACGUCCACUUAAACGGCGCCGCUCAUGUCGCGGAACUCGUCACGGCGCCGUUUCGACGUGGCGGCAGCGUAAUUUCGAUCGGUGGGGGGUGGGGGUGGGUAAAAAAUAUAAUUUCGCCCGUCCUCCCGCCCCUCCGGAUAGUUCAACAGUACAAAACCUUUGAAUCUUCUCGCGUCGAGACAUCAACGCGUAUUGUUCUUUCUUUCUUUCGUAAGUACGUUUGUUUGAUAAAGUUAUUUCAAAGUAUUACGUGUAGACGGCGGCGGCGGCGUUCGAAAUAUCACAAUAAUAUUUUGACGAAAUCAAGUUUAUUCUACAACGCGUAUAGAUUCGCAUACUCACGUACGUUAGCCGCGAGAAGUCUUUUCGGUCGUUUUUUUUUUUUUUUUACCCCGUGCAAUUUAUCGCGUCUCAAAAACCGGAUGUCUAUUUCGUAAUACGCGCGGCAUGUAAAAUAUAUAUUACACGUGUGUAUGCAGUGACGGUUUCUCGACGUGUGCGCCGUGUUCCGUAAUAAUUUAUACAAGUGACACACUUAAAUUUAUAUUUUAAAUUUGCACGGGUUGUAAAUAAUAUUUAUAAUAAUAAUAAUAAUAAUAAAAAGAACGUCUUGUCUGUCAUCCGCGUAUCCCCCCCUCCCCGCGCACAACCGGUUACACCUCCGGGAUCUGGUUUUUUUAAUUUUUUUUUUAUUAUAUUUUCUAUUCCCCGUUUUUGAAAUACGAUAGUGAUUGAUCCGUCGGCGUUGUUGCACGCGGCGUAUCUACGCCGCGACCGUUCUAUUCCGCUCGUUGUCUGUCGUUUUAUUUUUUUUUUUCAAUUCAAGACGGAAACCGUCAACUUUUUUUUUCACGAUAAUAAUAAUAAUAAUAAUAACGAUAAUAUGCACGAACCGGUUGCGGGAUUACGCGGCACCGUAAUAAUAACGCGCGGGCCGAGACCCGUAUAGAUUUUCUGCGGUUCGACACGCGUCCGGCUUUAUACCUGCGUGACGGCCGCGCGGCCCAGAGAGAUAAUAUUUAUCCUACGCGACACUCGGAGAAGCUUUUCGGCGCGGCAGUGAUAACGUCGGGCGUAGAAAAAAAAAAAAAAAAACGUGGAAAAAACGAGACAGAAAAAAAAAACCGAGGGAUCCGUUGACGUUCCGCGCGGCAAACACGUAAAUCAUUGGCCUCGGCACGUCCCCGCGCGCGUAGUGUACGCGGGUCCAGUUCGUGUGCCCCGCGCCAACGCUUUGUUUUCGCUCCACGCGCGCGUAUUUCUAUAUACACACCGGCGGUCCCGGCGACCCCUUCCGCCCGCCAACAACCGUCGCGACCGAGGGAUUCCGUGACGGCGGCGGCGGCGGCGGCGAGCCUACGGGGAUUUGCGCGAAGGACCAAAGUUUUAUAUACGGUCCGGGCGAGGAGCGUCCGUCCGUCCGUCCGUCCGUCUUGUUUCGCCCUCCGCCGCGCCGCGCUGCACUGUAUACCGUCCUCCCGCCCGCCCGGCCCGCGUCGCGUUUCGCGCGCGUGACGGGCCCAAUACAUCACCGGUUGACACACGUCAACAAUAUAUCACUCGGCCGACCGUACAAACGGGCGCGUCGUUUUCCGUACCGCUCUCUCCCGCGCGAUCGCCGUCCGUGUGCGCGUGCACGCGUAUAUAUAUAUACAAACCUACAUCCGCACUUAUCCCCGCCGCCGCAGCGAAUUCCCACAUUUGCAUGUAACCUCGGCGAUACCCGAAGAACUUGGCCGCCCCGACGGACGUCCGGCCCGGCGGCGGCGGUCGACCGGCCGCCUCGUUGCCAGAUUUAUGACUUCCGCGCACUUUCGCGCGGUAAAAAUUAACUGCCCCGCGCGUUUUCGGGAUCCCGUGGAAAUCGAUUUUCGCGCGUGCCGAUUAAUCCACCGCCGCGGUCAAAACGUUCGUUCGGCCGUUCUUUCGAAUCGCCGCGUACCGGCCGCCGGAUUGUUGUACGCGCAUCCGGCCGUUCACCGCGUGCGGCCACCCCAGCAUGGCCAGUGCGCGGUGUCCGGUCGCGGUGACAUUGAGAUUCGGUAUUCGACACGAUCCGAUGGCGGACUUAGCAGCGUGCAGCGCGUGUGCGGGGAACGUCGGAGACAUUCGCAGCGGACGACCGAUCCGGCGCGGAGGUUUUCGCCGCGCUCGCGGGCGACGGGGGGGCCAUAGGGUAGGGCCGCGGCGAGCGGAUUUGAUUUGUGAAUACCCGCCGCCGCCGGUGAACUUUUGAUAGAUAACGCCCGGCCGCGGGGUCGUGCGCGUGUAUCGCGUGAAACAACGGCGCGUUACGUUCGCCGCGACGAGCCGCGGGUGUUGGUGGGUGAGGGGGGUGGGGUGGGGGGUGCGGUCUAGCGGCGGGUAGACGGGUGCCGCGCGGCGAUGAGGAGUCUUUGAUAACUUGUUUUGUUGCCAACAUGCCAAAUUUGCUGUAUACAUAUAUAUAUAUAUAUAUACUCCCCGCGGACGGGAGCGGCGUAUAAACAAACGCAUCCAAAAUAAAUAUUAACGCCAUAAAUCUAAACGCGGGCCGCCGCCGCCGCCGCGCAGUGAGAGAAAUAUGACGCGGCGGCGGCGUUCCGACACGGGGAUGAAAAACUCUUACCGCGUCCCCCCCCCCUCCGACCCAUUCGUUCCCACCCGCCCGUCCGCGGAUAUAUUAUUAUUAUUAUUUUUCCGGGUUCGGGGUAUACUCGCGCACGCACCGGCACAUGCUCGCACGUGAGCCGACACACACACACACACACACACACGUGCGCGCGCGCACACACACACACACACGCACGCGCGCACGCACCGUACACAAUCGACAGCUCGGCGGCGGGGAGAGCGCGAGACGAUUGACUGAUGCCGUCUCCCCUUUGACCCCCGUGCGCCGUCCGCCGCCGUCGGCGAAACACGCCGCGACGCGUACGACCCCCGACCCGGUUCCCGUCCGCCCGGGGAUCCACCACCGCCCCGGCACCCGGUCCGGCAGCCCUUUGACUUAUGGCUGUGAAACUACGUGCAUUCCCCGGAAAACACCGCCGCCGUUACUACGUACGCUAUACCGUAUCGCGAUAUUGGCUCAGUUUUCAUUUCCACAUGUUUCAUAAAGUUUGCACUUUAUCGACCGCGCCGUACACGCGGUGUACGCGUCGGGGGUACGUCGCGAUACGAACCGAGAAACCGCCGACUGCCGAUGCUGCCGAUGCGUUUUAUUAUCGUUUUCCGAACGGCGCGGGUUGUCGUCGAAAACUCGUUUCGAAUCGAAACGCGCGCGAAUAACGACAGCCGCCGUGUGUUUUACGGCCGCGAUUCCGCUCGGUCGACAAUAAUUUCGCACGGCGCGCGCGCGUUUCGCACCGCGAUCCCGGGCCGACGGUCUUCCCCGCCGUAAUAACCGUAAGCCGCUGGCCGAACAAACGCCGUGCACGUUUGCGUUUUCUGCGUACGGCGAACAGCGCGUAUAAUAUCGCCCGUCGAGCGUUUCCGGGUAGGGGUUGUUUUUUUUUUUUUGCUUAUUUUCGCGUUGUUAGUUCCCCGACGAGUGCGUCUCGUACGCGUCGCGUUUUCACCGCGCCGUUCGACCCCGUGUCUCGAGAAAUAAAAACGCGCCGAAUAAAAUCGCCGUCUCGGUUCUCGUACCGUUACCGCGUCGCGUACACGACGGCGGCGUAUAUUCGUUAGAGAGAAAAGUUUUUCGUGUUUUUUUGUCCGGGAAAUUCGCCAUACACGACGGCGGCGGCGGCGGCGACCGCGACGACGAAACGCAAUGUACGCCGGGCGCGAGCGCGCGCGCACGGGGGAUUCGAGAUCAAUCAAUUGGUCGCGCGCGCUCGCCCGGCUACUCCAUCAAUGUGUCAAUUAAAUUUAAUUUGUACCGACGCGCGACGACGACGACGACGGUCGUCCAUCGAUCAGAAACAAUGCUCGUCGCGGCGGCGGACGUCGCGUCACAAUAUUUUCGAUCCCAAUAAAACCUCCGGAUGACUAAACCCGCGGUCGGAGCGUGUACACGUAUACAACAACGACAAUAAUAAUAAUAACGUACGAUUUCCCGGGCGUUACGAACCGCCGCCGCCGCCGCCGCCACCGCCACCGCGGCGGCGACGACGACGACGACGACGGCGCCCGGGACCGGCGGCGGGCGGCUCAUUAACGAUUUCACAAGACGAGUGGGACGGUAAAAGACUGAAAUACCGCAAACCGGUUGGCCCCGCGCCGUCCGUCGAUCGCGCCGCCGCCGUCCGUCAAUCCCGAAACUCGUUUUUUUUUUCUCUCUCCGUUUUUGUCGUGUCCGGCGCGGUUUUUAUUUAUUUAUUUAUUUAUUCCGCCGUGCGUCGCCGUCGCUGUGUUACACACGUAGGACGGACGGACGGACGGGAAAAUAUUGUCACCUAUAGGUACGCGAUCGCCGCCGCCGCCGCCGCCGUUGACGCGCCCACGUGUGCGCUAAGUGGAUUUUGCUUUUAUUCCCGGACACGUUCUCCGCGACUACUAAUGUGUAUGCGAUACACGGCGGCCGGUAUUACGUUGUUGUUGUUGUUGUUGUUGUUGUUGUUGUCAUGGGCAUCACGAAAAGACGUGCGUCGACGGUAUUUCUACCGGUUUAUUGCUCCGGGUUUUUUCCGUUUUACCUCCCCUCCCCUCCCACCGUCUACGGGGGGUCUACCCGUUUAACGCGGCGACAAUAGUUGCACGAUAAUUACAACGCAUACGGUUAUAAUUGUAUCAUCGGAAUUAUCGUACACGCCUUUGCUCGCGGUGUUUUUACCCGUCGACCCACAUCGCCGCUCCCCCCCGCCACCCGCAUAAUAUUAUACACUGUCGCGUUUGACUUUUCACACCGUUAGGGCCCCGUGACGAGAGACUUUUAUCAAAACGGCUGCCCGCCGGACGGGCUUGCCAAAAGGUACAGCGUACCCGAUAUAGUAUUCAGUUUGCCGGAUUUACAAUGCAAACAAACAUUCCCGAAUUACGCGAUACGAGCCGAUAAACGCUAAAUACUAAUAGAUUUUUCGCCGGAUUGAAAUACGUUCCGUAAUGAACUGUCGGUUUUACUGUAAUAUUGUCACACGUGUUUUUCGUCCGUCCGUGUUCUAUGCUAGAAAUACCGGUCCGAUUUCAACGUGCAACGUCUUAUUUUUUUUGAAUUUUUUUUUUUUCAAAUAAAAUUCUAUCUCGUUGAUAGGUCGUUUUCGGUUUCCCCGGUAUUUUAACCGGCGUGCACACCGGUUCCAUUAGUUUCGAUUUUGUUUCGCGAUCCGGUUGAAAUAACCGUAGAGAUCGGAAUUUAUCACCGAACACAUGUUUGGCAAAUAAGCUUUUUGUAUACGCGUGAUAAAACGCAUACAGAACGGUCCGCAGAGAUAUUUACAGGCAUUUGAGAUUGUCGAGUUUUUUUUUUUUUUUUUUUAUUUUAUUUUUUUUAUCAAGCACCUUAAAAUAAAUAAUUGUGCAAACGGUGAUUAUUAUUAUUAUUUUUUUGCGCUCGAAUCGCGAAACGAGAAUAUAAAUGUAGUGACCGAAAACGGUAUUAUCGCCGACGAUUUUAUUGUUCCGAAAAAAUAAUAACUCGGUGGGAAAACUUUCGAUGCGAUAAGUUCGAAUCUCCCGCCACCGUCGCGCACCGGUCUCCCGCGCAUAUACCGAAAUGAUCAAUCGAGGUGCGGUGACGAUAAAACUUCCGUCGAGUUACUAUUAAGGAAAUAUAUAUAUAUAAAUAAUAAUCCAACUCCCCGCAGUUUAAUCCACGGUAUCCGGUAAUAUAAAAUAUAAUAGUAAUAAUAAUAAUAAUAAUACGUAUAUACUCGAGACGACGAGACGGAUCAGUUGUUUUUUUUUCCUCUCGGUCGGUAUGAGCAGUAGGCGCUCGCGACAACAAAUAACACAUUAAUAACCUGAUUAUUCCACGUGUGCGCGGGGAAUAUUUUAUUAUGAUAAUAUUUAUUAUAAUAUAAUCUCGAUUGAUGUACGAAAAUAUAAUGCGCCGACGACGACCGGUGCACCCGUUCGGGAGAAGAAUGUCUGAAAAACGCAAUAAAUUAUCAGUGGCCGCGUAUUAUACCUACACGUUUGUGCAUCGAAUAAUUAUUAUUGUUUGAACACCCCGGAACGCGCGGUCGGUUCGAUAAAUUACGGAAUCGAGAGUGAGGAAAAAUUUAAAAAAAAAAAAUGUAUGUAUAAUAUAAUACGCGUGAUUGUGUUCGUCCGGAGGCGGUAGCGGAUAACCGACCUGAAUGUUAUUUCCGAUCGCGCGGCUGACGGGCAAAGGGAGGGGGGGAUGUAGGGAGGGAAGGAGUCGGAGAAAUCGCCCGUCGUUCUAUACAUCCGCGGUUUUCGCGAUAUACGGCACCCGUAUAACAAUAAUAUAGUGCGCAUUGUACGCGAGCGAUAAAAAAAAAAAAAAAAAAAAAAAAAAAAAACAAUAAAAAAUCUAUAUAUACUACGCGGGGCCGGAAAACUUUGCACGUUUCGCGAGAUAUUACUAUUGGGAUUCGGAAUUCAAACGGUUUUGACUCGGGAGUUUCGCGGAGAUACCGCGGCCGUCUAUAUUUUUCCGGGGGCGGGGGUGGGGGCGGAGACGGGGACGUGACGCGCGUAUUUUUCGGAUAAAACGGCGGCGACCGAUACGGGAAUUUUUUUUUCGCCCUUUUUUUUUUUUUUGUCGACGCGAAAACGAACAUAAACUCGCGAGUGUACGCGGUCCGGAAGCUACUGUACUACGCCGCUAUAAAAUAUAUACGUAUAUACGUAUGCCUACAUUGUACGGUACAUCCGGAAUCGUCUGGGAUGAGGGUCCGCGGGACGUUUAAAACCGCCGUGUACACGGACGUUGCCGCGUUCAGUAACUCCGGAUUAUGCGUUCGCGGCCUUUUCGCCGAGUCGUCUCCCCCCUCUCCCCCCGUCACCGCGCAAAACGGCCGUUGCAAUACGCGCGUAAGUAUUUAUAUUCCGUACGCUCGCGUAUACACCCGCGCAGUGCCCGCCGUCGUCGUCGUCGCCGUAAUCGUAAAAACGCGGGUCUCCGAAACGCAAUAUCGAUAAAACGUAAUGGGACGCGGACCCGGGCGUUAAUUUCGCCGCCGAAGUGGAAGGUACAGACGGCCGUGUACAGGCGAGGCCGUUAAACUAAUUCAGCCCCCUUCCCGCCGCGGAUAUCGGGUCCGCGCGCGCGCGCCGGCGGUGCGGAUCCCGCGCGGGUCUCCGUCGAAAACGGUCUUUCGGUAAUUGCCCCUAGCCCCAUCCCCCCUCUCCCCGUUCCCGCGCGAAAACACGCGGCGGCGGAUCCGAUACGGAAUCCGAAUGGGCCAAUUACACGCGGCCCACGCCUUGACGGGGGAUGUUUGUUUUUUCCACCCUACACCCCCAACCCUUUGACCGUGUCAUUAUCAUUACCAUUAUUCCGCAGUUUCUUCUUGUCGCCCGUUGUUUUUAAUGCAACUCGCGUCUACGUACCGGCCGGACUACGCGCGUAAUGCGUAUUUACGUGCAGCGGGCGCAUUGGCCAUGGCGGGGGAGGGGGCGAAAAAAAAAAACGAAAAUAACAAUAACAUUACGACCCCGCAGUAGCGUACGCGGAGACUUACGAGGACGCGGUUCGCGCGGACCGUCGCAUUACAUCGCGGAGUGUGUAACAAGACGUCGCUCGGAUCCCGCGAACGGCUCCGGCGAAAUAUCCCGGCCCUCGUUUGUACCGGGAACGUACGCCACGUGCGCCAAUGUAAAAACGUCGUGUACACUUCGUUACGAGAGGACGACCCUGUGCCGUUAUAGUUUUAAUAUAUCGGUGCGAGACGGUCCGCUAUCAAACGUACGGGGAUAAAAACCGCGCGGCGUCCUCCCGAACGCGCGUCUCCGGACUCGAGCCGGUUUAAAGAAAAAAAAAAGCCGCGGGAAAAAAAUCCACGCGUCGCGGGCGUACAAUAGGGGCGGGCGGGAAAUAUUAUGCGGUCGGCGUUCGCGGAGACGUUCGGCGGGACAGAGUUCGUCCGGACUGUAUUAUUUCGCGACCGCGGGAGUGUUUAAAAGACACCGGCGGCGUGUACGCCGUAGCCGUAGUACCUAUACGCGGACGUGUACGUAUAUACAAAGCGGCUUGUCGCCGAUAUUGAUUAUAUCGCGCCGGUGCGUUUUCCCGGCCCGGAGUUGACUGACAACUGACAAAUGACGUCACUCACCGGGCUAUAAACGUACAACGGAAAACGCGCGCGCCUCGCACUCAAAGUUUCCGUCUGUCAUUGUGUACAUAUGUAGCGCGGGAACACGCCGCGGUGUGUAUUAUAUAUACGUAUAUACGGUAUGUGCUGUACGUGGCAAAAAGAAAAAGAAAUCGAUGGGAAACCCGACGCUUUGUGCGGUGCGAGAAAAGAUGGCAAUUGCUUUUGAUAUGAACUCGCUGUGAAGCUUUUAAGAGAAAAAAAAAAAAAACUUUUACCCUUUUUUUUUUUUUUUUUUAUUUUAUUUUAUUCCUGGGCGUCCUUUGACGAAUAUGGCUCGAUAUUUGACGUUAUUUUUCAUUCGUUUUCCGCCGAAACGACGACUACGACGAUUACUGUACACACGCGUCGAUUCAGCGUCGUCGCCACCACCCUUGCCCCCUUCCCCUCCAACAUAUCGUGUAGGGCGGGCGUACGCGGUCGCCCUGCAGACUGCACGCGCCCGCGCGCACACAGACCGGAUAUACGUCGCGAUUCGUGCGGUAUUUUUUUUGUUAUUAUUAUUAUUUUUUUUUUUUGUAUCUCUCGUCUUUUGUGCGCGAUAAGAUUUUCGGGGCGAAACGGCGCGGUAUUCGCUCGUCUCAGCCGUAGGCGACUGCGGCGGUAUCGGCAGCACAACAACAACAACAACAACAACAACAACUACAACAACAACACCGAGCGUACCCCGCACACACCGCACGCCGCAGCAAUACAGUAACAGAUUAACAUUUUCCCGCGUCCCGCUCACUCCCAGCCGUGCGCCGUUUGCGUUUUUAUAGGUUUCCCCGCCCGCCCCAUAACGGCCCCGCCGCCGUCGUACGUCCGUGUCGACAAAAUAACUCCCGUUUCCCGGCAAAUCGACCAUUUCGGUGUGUGCGCGCGUGUGUGUGUGUGUGUGUAUACGAGCGCGCGCACACACGCACAAGCACGCGAAACGGGAGCGGGGGAACCGUGAGGUCGUUUCGAGGGCAUGGGGGGCCGGGGGUGUGGCGUGGGGUAUGGAGGCAAUAAUCGAAAAGCUACAGGCAACGGUGCGGUGUCGGAACGGGCGGCGGCGGCGGCGGAGUAGAUCCGCGCGCGGCCCAUAAAUCUGAUCCGCGUCCCCACGUCGCGUCCUCCGCGCCCGGGCCCGGUUUGACAUAAAUCAGUCAAAAGUCUUGGCCGGGGCGGGUUUAUGUAUGUACGUACGUAUAUAUAUAUAUAUAUAUACACACGCGAGCGCUGCACGAAAAGACCUUGAGUAGGCGGCGGCCGGGAUUGUCCUGUGACGGCUAUAACGGGUGAGAUAUGGUCCCCGAGGGUGGGCCGCUGCCAUAUAAUUCACCCGGUUCUCUCUUUGUCACGCAUCCCUCCGCCGUCGCCGCCACCGCCGCCGUGAGUCCCCCGUCUUCGUGAUGGCCCAUUGUCGGCGUCCAAUCCGCCGCCGCCGCGUUUUCUUACUUUUAUUUUUCUCCCCGCCGCGCACCACAUUAUACAUAUAUAUAUAUACGAGCGAACGCGCGCAAAACCCGACGCGCCGUUCUCCGUGCCGACGACUCGCUCGCCGCGUUCACAAUGACGUUCGAACGCAUAACGUUAUCGUCCCGCGCGCCGGCCAAUAACAGCCGCUGUCGGCCGCGCGGAAAGAGAGCCGCGAAAAUCGUCACCUACGUAACCCCUAACCCCCCCGUACACCGUGUAUUUUUUUUGUAACGUUUCCCGUAAACUUUACGCGCGCGCGACACGCGUCGCGUUCGCCGGGGCUGACGUUUGAUGCGCGCGCUUUUGUUCGACCGCGUAAGUGACAUCUUGAUAGACAGCGGCGCGGGGCUUCCGGCCGCCGCCCUAACGAGCUUUUGUCGUUAAACGAUAACGCGGGCGAGCGUGUCUGCCGCGGCGCGCUCGACGUGACACCCGAGUAACCUUUAUUAAUACACUGCCGCCCCGGCGGCCGGCGGCCGGCAAUCGAUAACCGCGCGGUGUAAAUUAUUAUACUAAUGUGUGUUGUUUUUUUCUUUUGUGUUUCAGGUAAGUUGGCGCUGUGCGUGUGACGAAAUUAUUAUUAUUUUCGGAAGACGAAUCGACGGUCGAAAAACGACGGUACACAUUAUCAUCACAUUAUAACAUUAUUAUUAUUUUGCGCCGCCGCGACAAUUCCCAAGCCGGUCGUUCAUUAGGCCGCCACUGCCGCCGGGCCGGCCGGCCCUGCGAAAGUCCCGUGUCAAAAGUCGCGUCGUCCAUCGAGAGACGCGUGCGCGCAUUUAUUAACCGUCGCAAGCAAAUCGUCGUUGCCGCCGCCGACCCGAGGACUUGGCGGGGGUGGCGCGCCCGGUCAUUAGGACAAUUCAUCAGUAGCUUUCGCCUCUCCUCUUACCUUACUCCGUCACCCUCUCUCUCUCUCUCUCACUCUCUCUCUCUCUUUUCACUCUCCGAGGCUCGACCGCUGCAGACCUCCCCGCCCUCGUUCUAACCCCUUCGGUCUCUCUCUCUCUCUCUCUCGCUCUCUGUAAUGACGAACUUUCGGUCCGCUAAUUGAUGGGGUCUCGUUUGUUAUUCGGCGCGCUGCCCCGCCGCCGCCACGGUCCCCCGACACCCGCUGCGCUGACCGUCCGCUGCAGCUUUGUCGCCCGGGCAUUUAGUCGCGUUCCGCCGCCGCCGCGCCCGCCGUCGUCCUUUACGCGUCACAUUAUAAAACGCAAUUAAUUCAAAACCGUCGUCGACGUCGUCGUCGUCGUAGCCGUCCGAGGACCGGACCGAGUUGAACGACGUUGACAAAAGGCCCGGGUGCCCCUAAUUAUGUUAUACCCCUCGGCGCCCGCGCGCGCGGCUACGGGUACGUGUGGCGGGAUACGUAUAUACCUAUACGUGUACUGCACACUCGCUCCGGCGAGCGUACAUUGAAAUGUUGUUGUCACGCGACCCGUCAAACUUUCCGGAAUUAACUACUUCAGACCGCGAAAUCGAUUAUUUCGAACGCGCGGUCGUCGUCGUCGUCGUUUCGCGUUACCGCCGUCGUUAUGGCGCGCAUGCCGACGAAAACGACCAAGAUUUCUUAUUCUUCCGCCGCGCGUAUACGCGAUAUAAUAUAUUAUCGGACUCGCGGUGAUGGAAGGGGGGCCGGGGGGGGCGGUCGAGCGGCGGAGGACCCGGGAAUUAUAUACGCGUAUAUAAGAAAGGGCGGUCGCGGGAUUUGUUGUCGGUCGGCGGCGCGGGCGAGGGGGCAAUAAUAAUAAUAAAUUUUCGACUCCACGUCCGUCGAUAAGAGUCGCGCUUAAUUGAAGCGGGCGGGCGCGGAGGCGCGCGGGCCAAAGAGUUAUGGCGGAGUUUGUCAUUCACGGCUGGCCAAACUGCACAACGGCGACGGCGGGCAACGGUCGUAUAUCUCGGCCGGAAUGGCCUCGGGUACCAUUAGAGCUUCUAUAUACCUUCGACGGGCGAAAACUUUUGGACCUCCUCCUCUUCGCCGCCGCCGGUAUAUAUCGCGCACAUAAAACGGCGGAACGGUCGAAGGGGCGACGAGCAGGGAACGUUCGGGGCCGGGGGAGGAGCCGCUCCGCACAAUGCGAACGAUAUAUAUAGAGGGACAUUAUGUCAAGACGAACAGAUGUAUUAAAUAAAUAUCCUGCGCCCCGCGUGUCCGCCGUGAAUCAGUCCCGUCCGUCCGUCCGUCCGCGGGGUUCUCGCAGGGGUCCUUACGACGACGACGCGCGUACCCGUACACACGGCGGCCCCGUACACGGGGGCUGUGCGUCCGGCGUAAAUCAAUCGGUCGAUAAGAGUCCGCGCUGCACAGGAGCGGGCCGGCCGCGCGGCGGGAAUUUUUACGAUCGGCCGGAGGUGCUCGGCGGCGGCGGCGCCGUCGUUUAGCGUUCCGCGGGGAAAAUUACAACGCCCGCGCCCCCGAGUAAAUUACGACCGGCCCGAAAACUCUUAACCGUUACCGGCCACGUCGCGCGCUUUUUUUUCAGAUUCCGAGUGAAGCGAGGGGGCCGCCUAUCGGUUUUACAGUGUACGAUGUGUAUUUUUUUUUUUUUUUAUUUUUCUGUCCGUAAACGACUUUUCACCUAGAAAUCUCGCAUUUGAAAUUUCACGUUUAUAUUCGAGCCAAAGAGGAAAAACUGGUUUUUCGGGUUAAAAAAAGAUUAAAUAUAAGUUUGUCAUUGGCAAUCGUUUUUAUUUUAUUUUCUGUUAUUGUUGUUAUUAAGUUUUUAUUAGCUGGUUUUAUCUUUUAAAUCUUUUUUAAACAAUCGUCGUUGUGAAAACGAACGUUGGUUUUUUUUUUUUUAGAUUUUUUCUCCAUUCAAAAUCGCUUUUCGUUACCAUUGGUUUAUCGUCGCUCGCAGGUAUAAAUUAACUCGAACUUUAUGUAUCCCACCUUACCACCUACAUCAGUGGCCACAUCCGUCCCCAGUAUCAGCUCUGUUUUUUCGCCGACGCCCAUCCCUUUCCGCGGUGGCGGCCGAGAAACAAUAUUUCUUCGCGAAAACCGGUUGCGUAUAUUCCGAUGAUAUUUCAAUGUGCGAUUUACGGUGUUUGUCCCAAGACACAACAAUAACAUUAUUAAUCACCCACACGUUAUUAUUGUAUUGUCUGUCACAAGACGAAAAACAAAAAAAACAUAUGACAAAAUAAUAGACCGACAAACGACGACUAAAGAAAAUAAACCCCACGACGUCCUUCGAGAAUAUAUCCAUCGCAACCUCUCGAAAAGUUUUACUACAUUUUUUGGGCAUAAUCGUUUUUGUACAGUUUUUUGAUCAUUUUUUUUUUUUUUUUUUUUUUUUUUAUCAACCCUAGUUUUCGGAGGCGAAACGAUUUAUUCGCUUUACUCGCGGUUUUCACACAAACAUUGAGUUUAAAUAAAUUAAUAACAUUUUCGCGUUGAAAUUUCGUCGUCAUUGCAUCCAUAAGGGCGACAACGAAUUCCGAAAAUUCGCGCGAAAAACCGAAUACGAAUUUAAGUACUUUGUGCGAACAUAGAACUAUAAAAUAGGACGGUGCAUAGUUAAAAGGGUUCAGGUUCAAAAAUGUUUACACUUCAAACAAUAUUUAUUUGAGCCCUUUAUCACAAACUGAAUUUAAUUAGGUAUCACGACUUAUUGUGACAAAACGUAUGUAUGUAGGACCGUUGAUAACGUUACUAAAUUUGUUCAAACUAGUGGUACCAGUAGACGCGGGGCACGAAAUCGCGUACAGAACGUUAAUAUGAAAUAUUCGAAAAUUCGACUGGAGCUCUUUUGUCGGGUUAACAUUAUCAUUGUUAUUUGUUUUCCGUCGUCGACCGCUGCACACCGCGGUGUCGACUCGUGUUCGUUUCACAAAUUAUUAUUACCGAAAGAACCGGGGGGGGGCGGGAGGAGGGAGAAACGAGCGCACACGUCGACUGCGACGGGAGAGCUCGUUGACAUUUGAAUAUUCGAGCGCAAUAAUUCUCUGACUGACAAUACCGGUUGUCGUACAUAAAUCACUUAACGGCUCUCUCGGUCGUCGUCGAGUCGCCGGCCAGUUUUUAUAUCGUGUUUUUUUUUUUCGCUUUUUUUUUUUGUGUGCGUAUUAAAUUUAUACAUAUACGCGGGCAUGACGAAACGCGUGCGCGCGCGUUGGCAUUAAAAACCGUACGGGUUUGCGCCGUUCGCGGUGGAACGAGUAUAAAAAAAAAAAAAAAAAAAAAAAAAAAAACACAUAAAAACCAUAAAAAAAUAAAAACGCCGCGAAACGUCGAUAGGCGCCUGUACGAAUAUUUUAAUCGACCGUUGUUGUUUAUAAUAAUGCAUGUAUAGUUGUACCCCGAUUGUAUGCAAUAUUCGUUUUUUAAAUGCACGGGCACGUCGGAGACGAUAAAAAUCGCCUUAUUUAUAGAGCGGGCGAAGCGCGUUUUCACCGGGUGGGGGGGGGGGGGGUGGAGAGUUACGGGAGUAGGGGGACGUCGCGAAUUUUGUUCCGUUAGGAUAAUUUAAAAAAAACAAAAUCACGUCAUCGUCGCGACAAUUACAACGCGUUAUAUCGUUUUUUAACGUGACAGAAUUUCCCGAAAAUCACCGUGCAAAUGUGAUAAUAUUAAGCUCGUGACAAACCGACGCGGGGUCGGUCGUCUUCGAAAGGCCGCGGCUACGUCGGCCCACGCCGGUUUUCGGAACGCCUCUGAUCGGCGAUAAGUUUUCGAGGGGGGGGGGGAUUUUUUUCAAUAUUGCACGUUUCUGAAUAGCUGAUUACAGUAUAAUUAUUAUCGAUUACGAUUCGCGUGCAUCCCGAAGCGUACAAACGCACGUUUUCAAACGCUAAAACUGUCCCGUCGAACUCAUACUUCUGUCUUGUGCGACGUCGCGCUCUACGGCGCUUGGCAGUGUACCGAAAUCGCGUAUUCCACCCUCCCCCCCUCCCGAUACGCGGAUAUGCUCGUGUGGAUAUUGUAUUUGUAACGCGCGGCAACGAACCGAACGCGGUGAAUUUUCGAAAAUAAAAAAAUAAAAGUAUAACGUAAAACAAAAAAAAAAAAUACGAGAAAAAAAACCGGACAUCGACGCGCUUCAAACGUCAUUCCUGUUAUAACGCACGUCAGUCUACCGACGGCGACGGCCGUGGCGGACACGGGGUUUAUUUUAUUUUAUUUUUUUUAUCUAUAGAGUUUCUGGUUUUUUUUUUUUUUUAUUUAGCCUACGUGUUUUUUUUUUUUACGACUGACAAAUAGCACCUUGCUCCAGGCCCGUUCCGUCAUUCGUGACACUCUUGACUGACACUGAUCCGCGACGCGUGUUAUUAUAACGCCGCCGCCGUCGCGGACGGACAGACAGUCUCUAUACACGCUUCGCCCCGACAGCUAUACGUAUAUAAAUAUAUGUGGGUACACGCGGAAACCGAUUAUGUCUUGUGUGAGCGUUUUCUUGCACGUACUACAGUGUAUAUAUAAAUAUAUACGCGCGUAUUGUAGUUUUUAUUCUGUUCGGAUCGCCCCGCUGGAGACGGCGCUAUAUAAUCGGCCGAAAACGUUAUCGGGUUCGCAGCCCGAAGGAAGACGUUUGUGAACUCGCGAAUACGGGAAACGCGGGAAAAACGGACGGGGGAUGGGGGGGGGAAGGGGCGCGCGUUCGAGAAACGACGGACGGUAACGGACGGCGAGUCCAAGGCCCGAUCUUUUUUUUUUGGUGGUGGGGGGAGAGAGGGCAAACGAGAAUUUAAUGAUUAAAAUGAUAUGCGGAAAGAACCGCGGUAUAGGUGUAGACGAGGCGGAUCGCUGAACCGAUCCGAGGAUUUCAAAAGAACAGCCAACAGUGCUGAAAGGCGAACAUUUGGAAAGGUGGUUCGAUAAUCGGAUGAGUCGUUGCUAACGAAAUACGAUUCUGAACGGGGUUCGUUGAAACACGUGUUAUGAAACGUCGCGGUUUUUACGAUUUUCGUCAAAAUAUAUAAACUUUUAAAAAAAAAUUACUGAGUAACACUCGACUUUUUUCACCGCCGAGUACAACUUAUAAUGAACUUUGUGUUUAAUUUUCAAGUAUUUUUUUUUUCGGUAAAACAAUUUUUAUCCGCAUAAAACUUAAUAAAAACUAGAAAAAAAAACUCGAAAAUAGCUUACAACUCUUCAGAAAGUUUGGACAAUUUUACCACGUCUAGAAAAGGCUAAUAUAAGUAUUCGGUAAAAACGUCUUUUCUCCGAAUAAUAAUUAAUAACCGAAUAUCCGAAUAACAAAAAAAAAAAACCAAAAAAAAAAUCGAUAUUAAUUAUGCUACCUUUAAUGCCUUAUACUUUCCCGUUCACAACCAAUUUUCAAGAAAAACACUCGGAUUUUUCGAUUUUAAAAUUCGUAGCAAUGUUUCUGGUAAAAAAAAAAAUCUAUAUUAAUACGACUAUUUUAUCACUUUAUAAAUUUGUCCGUUUUGUACUCCGAUCGAGAAUUACUCGAAAACGACUCGAUCGACGCACCGAAUAAUACGGAUCGAAACGGAAAAGCCCUCGCGUCGUUCAUCGGUCGGAUCGAGAUUUCCGGUAUAGAAGACCACGUGACCGUUUUAUAUUGCAUAUAAAACCUCGUCGCCAAUAAUCUGCUAGUAUUUAACCCUCGCCCGGCCACUGCGUUAUUAUCAUCCAAUGAUAUUUUCCAUUACGGUUCUAAAUUCAAAAGCCAAAAAUGCGUUAUUUUCAACAGAGUCACUAUUGUACUGCGCGCACUGUUAUAAUAACACGAACCGUCAGUUAUAUCGUCAGGCAACGGAAAGAAUCAACAAAGUACAAAGGUCAACGGUUAAACGAAUGCGUAAUAUAAAUAACGUACUGGGGGGGAGGGGAAAACCUCCCCGGACCCACCUUAAUCCGGGCUUGUGUAUAGGUGGCGGUUAUCGCGACCGUACAAUUUAUACACACGUGUACGGUAACGGACGAGAUGGAUAGGCUUCCGUUCGGCGGCGGCGGUUUUCGACCGCUGCACACGCGCGCACACACACACACACACACACACACACUGAACUUCUGUGUAAUAAUUUAUACGUUUUUCGCGCGGUCACGUGCGUCGAUAAUUCAUCGGAUAGAAACGAUAAUGGACUAUCUAUCGGUCCCACGCGCGUGUGGUCUCCCGGGGAACUUGUCGUGAAUAUCAAAGAGCCCGGAGAACGGAGGCGGCGGCGGCGACGAUGGUAACAACGCGAUUAGCGCGGUCAGUCGACGCCGACGCCGGAAACGGUAAGCCGACGCGGUUCUUCUCAUUAGCGCCGGCACGUCGUCGCCGUCGACGGGACCGGAAAAUGAAAAUCAGAAAAAAAAAAAAAAAAAAAAAAAAAAGUAAAAACAAUACGUGCGGCGGCGGCGUUCCGUAUACCGCGCGGUCACGUACCUAUCGAUAACACCGAGUCCUUUUAGCGGGAUCGGCAAACACGCGUACGCGUUACAUUGGACGCACGUUCCGCGAUAGCUCUGAGCGCGUACCCGCGCCUAAAGCACAAGUGUAAACGUUCCGCGCACGUCUAGUGACCGGGCCGCACGGCCGGACCCGUACGGCAAUCUCGUGGGCUGUGAACGCAAACGGCAUUAAGUUACGACCGCGGUUUUAACGCGCGCGCCGGUAUUUAGACGACGGAACGCGAUGCGGCGCGGACCGUCCAGCUGAAUCCGUUUCUCCGGGUCGCGUCGCGGUCGUUCCGAGCGAGAAAACUGUACACUGAUGCACGACCGAUUAACCGACUGUGUAGAUACCGCGACAGAUAAUACGAACGUAUGAUGUUUUAUCUAUGACCAAUAGCGAAUAGAUUCACAAAAAAAAACGCACUGGGAGCGUCAGCCAUCGGUUCAAAUUACCGGUCGAGAAAAAUUCGCGUUAUCACUAUUAUACUCUUCGUCUGGCCAUUCGGUGUGAAACCGUAGUUAUUACCUUACCGUAGUAUUUCAUUUGUACAACCGUACGAUAAUGUUUCGGUCGGAAAUUUCUUUUCUGCCCACCGCGCCAUCUGGUUCGGAAAUCUCGCGGUUUUGCGGCGUACCCCGUGAAAUUAACAAGUUAUGCGACGUAUAUAUAUAUAUAUAUAUAUAUAUAUAUAUGUAUGUGUACAUGUGUACGGUAUACAUUUAGUCUUAUGGGCUUGUGGGGAAUUGACCGACCGACCGACCGACCGACGACGAGGACGACGACGUCCGGAUCCGUUUCCGCCGAGAUUUCCCCGUAGUACAAUAUCACGUGCAUUUCCGAUUUGCCGUCCUCACCCCUCUCCUACCAGUCCCACGUAUACGCGUAUAGCCGACGGACACGGUUCCGCGAGUGUAUGUGUAUACAAUAUCGCGUCGUCGGGACGAUCUGCGUGACCCUCCGCGGACUCCGAGGGCCGCCCCGAGAAAAUGAGAAAAAAGUAACUACGUAUGUUGUACGUAUACAUAUAGAGGCACUCAUAUACUAUAGGCGCAUUGACGGCGUCGCGAAACGACCUUUGUCGCGGGCCGUGUGUGUGUGUAUAUAUUUGUAUAACAAUAAAACGAAACGUCGUCGUCUUUCGCGUGCAUAACACGCGAUACCGGACGCGCGCGCGCGUAAAUUCGAAAUUGUCUCCUCUGCCCACGCACGAGUCGCUACGAUAACCGAUAAAUACGAUACGAUAACGUACGGCGCGCGAAUUCUGUAUCGUCGAGGAUGUAUCGCGGCGGCGAGAGGGCGGGACAGAGAGACGGAGAACGGAGCACCCGGUGACUUAUGCGAGCUCGAUACGGCCUGCGUGUGUAUAUAAACGCGCGGCGAGAAAUAAUGUGGGUAGAAGGUUAUCCGUGUCGCCGUGAUGGACUCCGCCACCGUCUGCGGCCCGAUCGUAAAUCUAUCAAAACGGGUGAUAUAUAUUCGCGGAGAGGUAGCGAAAGACCGGCGGCGGCGGCGGCGUUCGUUCGCGGUCCCGUGAGUUAUUCCGCGUCCGGAAAAUCGCGCGGAAACGUGGCGAACGGGCGCCAGCGUCGAAAUUCCGCUCGACGGCGACGGCCGUGGUCGCCGUCAUCGUUAUCUCUACGAGCGCGGGUACGGCGCCCGCGAGAAAUCUCCGGACAACGCCGCGAUUAGCGCGCGGCACGAAUAUAAAUAGAAAAAAAACGCCGUCGUUGUUCCGCCGUGGACCGCGUAACAUCGUGUGCGAAUGGAUUAUUCUAUUCCCAGUGUUACCGCCGGGGAACGCGCGCAAACGUUCGGACCCGGUCGAUUUCCCCCGGUUCACGUGCACCGCCUUUUUGUUUUGCGGAACGGUAAACGAAUUUCAGACUUGAAUUAAGACCCGUCAAACGGCCACCACUCGGACCAACGCGUUACGUUAAAAUCGCAUACACAAUACACCAAGUGGCGAACCGAACGGUUCUUCUCGAUUCCUGUCGAUACACGCCUCGUACACGGUAUUUCCCCACCCCCCUCCACCCAGCAUAAGCGCGUUUAUCCGCAGGGCUGAAGAAACCCCAUCCCCGGACGACUUGUUGUACCGUAAAAAUUGGUCCUCCGAUUCAUUUAUUUUUCCGCGGACCGUGAACGCUAUUUUUUUGUUCGUCGCGAUGACGACGGGGCAGUACGGUUGUUUUUAAAAUGGAAACUGAUAAAAAGCGGCGGUAACCCGGUACUGGCCGCGGCGUCGGGCGAACAGGAAGUCGUUGGCUGGGUUUGACGUCAAAAGCGGCCUGCUGCACCCUUCCGCGCGGCACCUCUGCACCCGCAAUCGUCGCCAACCCUUUGCGCGCGUAUACGUUAACCGCCCCCCCCCCAUUAGCGGCCCGCCAAAUUGGAAUAUCAAUCAAACGGCCGCCGCCGCCUGACCGCCCGUUUCGCGACGGGCCGUGUUCCGCGAGCCGUCCGUCAAUCAUUUUUCGCGUCGGCCCGUCAUCGCCGCAAUCUGCAGCGCGACCGCAAACAAAGCCCCGCAGAAUCUUAAUUAAUCUGGCGCGGACGUGGCUCUACGACGACGUCAAAACGCGCUCUCGGCGGCGGCGGCGGCGGUGUCACUUGCAUCCCUCGGUCGCGGCCGUACCCCAAUCGCCCCUCCUCCCCCCCCCUUUCGAAGAAAACCUAAAUCCGUCAUCCCCGCGGCGACUUUUGAUGAAUUGCCCCGUCGCCGGACCAAUUAAGUUUCCGUGUGACCGGUGCCGCGCGGUCAAGCUAAAAAGCGAGUUUUCCCGCGCGCGGACUGUUACAGAAGGAGAGUGAGAGCGAGAGGGACGGCUGCUAUUAUAUUGCGGAGAAAACGCGGCCCGUCAUAAAUCGUGUACGCGUUCCGCUAUAUACUGUAAUACUACUUUUUAUUCCGCAAUACGAGUAUUUUGCUGCAGCGUAUAAAUAUAUACCUACUAUUAUUUACUAUUAUUAUAUCGUACCUCCAUAUACAUAUAUACAUCGGUGACCCGGAUGUAUAAAAGCCGUGGCGCGAUAAGGGCGCAGUAAAUUUCGGGGAUAAGACGGCGGGGGGAAAAAACCAAUUUUCGAGACGACGUCCGGUUAUGCAAAACGGGCGCUCGGACGUGCGGGUAUAUAGCGGCCGCCGCCGCAUCGAAGUUUUCUUAUUAUUUUUGCCGGGGACGACGGAUAGCGCGGAAAAGGGAUGCCAUUUGACGACGACGACGACGACGACUACGACCGUCGUAAACGUCGAGGCCGAAAAUAUCAUUGCGAUCCGGCCGGGGUCAUAACUUUCUUAGCCCCGUGCGCCGCACACGCUCCGCUCGCAAUGAGGUGUUUAAAUGCAAUACUUGUUCCGGCGGCGGCGGCGGCGGGUCAGGGAUGGCGGGGUUUGCGGACCCUUUGCUGAUGCUGCACGCGGUGCUCAUGCAUAACAAGUAGUAUACGCUAGUAAAUAUUAACCCCCUGUUUUGCGGGACACCGGUAAUAAAACGCCCGAAAACCACUACCGUAUUAUGCGGCGGCGGUAAGUAAGUGCGCUCGGCGUGACGUUUCGUUUGUGUAAACCGUUGUGCGGCGCAAUAACGACAAAGUGUCGACGAGCAAAGAUAACCGCGACCGUAUAAUAAUAACAAUACGUGUAUACACGUGUACACGCGUACGCGUAUAUUGGGCGUACAAAACGUCGUCCGGUUGAUUUUCAGCUGAAAUUUUCGUAACGCGCGAUGGCGGCGUGAGGGGGAAUGUCGUGCGGCGGGCGGCGGACGGAAUGGCCGCGGCGGUGCGGUGCGGUCGACCGCGCGGCAGAAAAUCCUUGUCAAUUUGAGUCGGUCCGCCGGGCAAAACGUCACGGACACGAUCGGAUAAGUGAACCACGCGCGUGACAGAGACGGAGGAGAGAGAGAGAGAAAGAGAGAGAGAGAGAGAGUGAGAGAGAGCGAGCGAGGACGAAAGUACUCUCAGCCCGUUCGGUCCGCUUCCGCCGCAGCUCGCUCUUCUGCUACGCAUAUACAACGCUCUCUCGGCUGUCACUCGGCCGACGGUUGUCAUUCCGCCGCGCGCAAAGGGUUUCUCGCCGCCGCCGUCCGUCCGUCCGUCCGUUGCAUAUUCAAUGAGCGCGCGCGUUUCUCGUUCGUCGAUUUCCGAACCGUCGUCGUCGCCGCCGCCACCGAAACCCAAUAACGCGCGCGGCCGACUUGACGUUUUCCCGACACGCACACGCGGGCACGAGGCGUCCGUAUUAUAAUAUUAUGUAGCCGAGAGUGUCGUUGAGGACGGACAGUUCCGCCGGCGCGCGCCCGCGCGACAGAGGGGAAAACAAUCGAGUGCGCGCCUCCGUCGCCGAGGUGACAGCGGUGCACGAGAUUAAAGGAGAACCGCGUGCACGCGGAACAUCAUUCGGCGUCGACCUCGUUAAAAACGAACGGGCCGAACGGAAAAAAAAAAAUAAAAUAUACAUCUCCUCUAUAUUUUCUCCCUGUCUCGUCACGGAUAUACACGCGUGUCUCUCGGCGUUUUCUUUCAUAAAAUAUAUACACGUAACGCGGCGCCGCAGCGGCGUAUUAUGUACGUACAUCCGUAUGCGCACGGGCGCUAUACUAUUACUCGUGCUAUACUCGCACGUCGGAAAAAGCUAUACGGCCGGGUCCGCGCGAUCGAGCGCCGUUCCCCCCCCCCUCCCCCCCCGUCACGUUUUGAUGGGGUGCCAUAAGUCUCGGUCGCGGCCGGCGCGCUAAGAUAUUAUGACUGCGGACGUUGAUCGAAGGCCGCGCAUCGCGGUAAAUAAACGGGCGCGGGCGGCGGCGGCAGACGUCGUCGGUAGUCCAUCCGUAACGUUCAUUGCCCGCCGUACAUCAAACGGCCGACCCCAUGCGAAAUCCGUCCGCGCACCACCUCCCCGCCCAUCACCAUUUCGCGCCCCUCCCGCUCACCGCCGGCGACUACUCGCCUAUCCGUUUCAAUCAUAUCACUCCACUCGAAUUAUUACAUUCGUUUUGUCGCGCGCGCGCCACGCCACCGUCCGCGUCUCCGGAAUGCGUACACAACGGUCCCCGACACACACACUCUCGCACCUAUCUCAUACUCGUAUACUAUCGCGUUACAUUAUUCGUCGUCGAUCGACCGACACGACCCGUUCCGAUCGAUUUUCCUUUCUUUUUCGUGCGUGCGCGGUCGCGUGCGUGUGCGGUUUUUUUUUACGCUCCUGACGAAUAUUCUCGUCCGCGCGCAGCGCCGGAUAUAUAUUCUUCUUUUGUUAUUUCUCCGCUGUCGUCGCGUGUAGCUGGAAACCGGCGGACAGCUGUCUCUCCGUAUAAAAAUAUAUACGUGCGCGUACAUAGGAAAGAGAUCCGGGGUCGGCGGCAAAAAUAAAGAGUCCGCGGCGGGCGGCGGCGGCGGUGACGGACGAAGACGCGACCGGGUGACGGCGGGCCGGGUAGAUGGGAGGAAAGAGUAAAAGGGAAAGAAUAUUUACUGAAUAGAGAAGAAAUAGGAGAGGGCGGAGGUGCGAGUGGAGGGGGAAAAAAAGAAAGAAAGAAAGCCGCAUGACAAGACUGUCACUCAUUGCCGUCGGCCGGGCAAUCCGCGUUUUCCAAUUUUCCGGGGGACGACGUCCACAAGCAAUUUCCUCGACUGUACACCGACGCCGCCGCCACCGCGUCCGUCACGCCGCUUCGCCAUAUACGGGACCGUUUGCCGCCGCCGCCGCCGCCUCCGCUGCAGCCUUCGGUGAUCUGUGGGUGACGUGAACAGGUCGCGCCGGGCUUCAACGUCACUUGCAACAGAGCGAAAAAAAAAAAAAAAUACGAAAAAAACAACCCUGUCAACCGUUGUGUAACGUCGUCGUUCGGCGAAGACGACCGGACACGCACACGCGCGCACGCCGUGUGUGUACGUAUAAUACGUCCGCCGGUCGCCGCCGCCCCCGCCCCCCGUCCCCGGCGUCCCGGACCUUUUUCGCGAAAUGAAAAUGUUUAUAUUCGGACGUACCGCCGCCGCACGCCGUUCGUGUAUAUUAUACAUGUGUGUGAGCGCGCGGGCGGCGGCGGGGCGAACGGCAAAACGGGAAAAUCGCUUUCGAACGGAAUCCACUCGAGUCGUAAGCUCUCUUUCUAAAACACACGAGCGCGCCCGCACACGCACACAUACGCACACACACGCGCGCACAAACACACACACACACACGCUCGCGCGACGAGCGUGUCUGUGUCUCCGAUAAAAGAUACGCUCGCCGGUCGCAUUACGCGCGGUUUAUAAAUGUAUUAUUCAUCGUAUAUACUGUAUAAAGGAGUCCUCGAAAAAAUUUAGCCGAAACGAAAACGGUUCUCGAUGAUAAUAACAAUAAUAAGAAAAUACGCGCGGAAAAAUGUCGUCGCCCGGAAUCGAAUCCGCCGCGUCGGAUUCGUUUGAUUCCGCCGCCGCAGUGCGCUACGCGUUGGUUUUACCACGUGCCGUACGCGCCAUACGCGAGCGUCGUUGAUUUUUUAACUGUUUGCCAACAACUUUACCGGCGGAAAUGUCACAUCGAUUUCCAAACUGCGUGCAUAGCGUUUUCCUCCAGAAACCGAAUUUCAUCGUGUCGGUCUGCGUAUGGUUUGUAUUGUGUAGUUUUGGGCGAAACGGACUAAUUUAAGAAAACUAUACGCGGUUUCGUUGUUUUCGGUUUUGGGUUUUUUUUUUCCCGGUGGAAAUUCGAUUUGGAAAAAAUCACAGCGACAUUUUCGGGGAUAUUUUAUGUCCUUUUCAAGACGCGGCGAAAUUUAAAAUAAUAUAAUUCAAAAAAAAAAAAUUAAGUAAUUUUUUUUCCUACACGUUUUCGGAGUUUAUAUACUAGCUGUAAAUCGUGAAAAUCGCGACAUUUCAUAACGCGAUAUCGUUUAAUCUCCGAGUUUCACUCAGAAUCGUAUUUCGUUAUAACUAUAAUUUAUCGCCGCUUACGGAAUAUAUAAAUUAAAUAUAGCUUCGUGUACGCUGUCACAGCGGCACGACCGUCAGCGGUAUUAGCUCAGUUUUUUGGAUUUUUUGUUUUUUUUGUUUUUUCGGGCCGAUAUAAUCGAAUAGCGAAUAAUAACACGCGGAAAAGGAAUUAUCUAUAAUAAUAUUAUAUAAUAUACGGACGUAAUUUCACGGUGGGCAGCCGGGCGGGGACAUCAAAAAACCGGUGUAAAUUAUGUGACAUCGUGUAUGCGUGUGUGUGUACGAGUGCGGUUUUUUCCCUCCCCUCGUUAAUGAUACCGCAUUGAACCCGAGGAUUAAAAGUCGUGCGUGGUGUUAACAAUGAUGCGCGACGCGUCAGCGGUAUUAGCUCAGUUUUUUGGAUUUUUUUUUUUUUUUUUUUUUUUUAUGAUCGCUGCGGCAUAUAGAGAGCGCGCGCAACAACAACAGCAAUAAUAAUAAUAAUAAUAAUAAUAAUACUACGAAAGACGGAAAGAGGUUUAUGAUGAUCCGGGGCUGACGGACAAAACCUUGAUUUAUUGCCGGUCCGCGUGUGCAUAUCUCGUGGCAAUAAUAAUAAUAAUGAUGAUGACGACGACGAUAAUAAUAAUAAUAAUAAUAAUAACAGUAUAUAGAGUUUUUCGUUCCCCUCUCGCCGUGUCGGGGCUGUGUAUAUAUACGCGUAUAAUAUCAUCGUAACCGACGCUGUUCCGUAAGCCCCCGUUAUUCCGAUUUCGAGGUGGGAGAGGGGGGGGGGGAAACACUAAAAUUCGACGUGACGCGAUCGCGAGAUUUAUCGCGUUCGAUACAAUAACGCGAACUGCACAUUAUUAUAAAGGCCCCAAAGGAGACGUAUAUAAUAUUCGUGAUACGUAUAGUACGCAUGCCGCGUGUGCGUACAUGCUGCGAGCGGCCAUCGUAUGUAUACACGCGGACAGAUGCGGCGCGUUGUUCUCGGGCACUCCGUGUUUGCAUUACGCGUGUGGAAAUGUCGAGACAAUAAUUAUUAUUAUGUUAUUAUGUUGUGUGGUAUGCACGGUUUUGACGUAUUGCGCGAGGACUCGUGAAAAACCUUGAAAUACGCGCGAGCGCUUAUUAUUCUAAAGCGUACGACGCGUGCCAAAAAAAAAAAAAAAAAGAAAAGCAACAAACCUUAUAAUAGCCGAACGACCGAAGCGGUUAUUACCGGUCCCGAGAGGUAUUUCGCCUUUUCAUUAACGACCCAUUGCCGACACGAAACGCGAAUGAGUUCAACAACAGAGAACCCGGAGAAAAGCUCAUGAAAAAUUAACUGCCGCGGAUGCCGAACUUUCAAAAAACGCGCGUCCGAUCAAAACCGAUUCGCCGAACUCGAAAUCUAAAACUGUCUCGAAAAUACAGUUAUGACUGUAGAGCGACGGUUGUAAAACGUUCGGAGUUCAGACGGCGGAAUAGACGCAAAUAAAAAUAGCCGGACCGAUAGUGUUAACGACGCAAACCGGGCGCGCGAUAAAAAAAAAAACAAAAAUAAAAUAAAAAAACACGAGUAGUAUCCGUUGUAGACGCCGAACAAUCGGAGCGAACGUCGUCGUCCGUCGGGCCGUUAUCAGUUCGGUCUGUAAUCAAAGUACAAACGUCCGGCCCCCACGUUUGUCGCCCGCGAAUUCGCACCCGCGGGGACGUUAUGAAAUUAUAAAACAGCGCGCGACAUUCCGGAGACGGUGCGUUUUUCCGAUGUUUUUCGAACUAUUACGGUCCGAAUGUUAUAGCGUUUCUGCAACACCCGUUUGUAUAAAUUCGCGGACUAAUCCGUCGUUUUUCAACGACCUUAACGUUUUCCCGGAAAACCAACUAGAAAAUCAUAGAAACUCGUCGUCUCGACGUCCGGCGUGUUUUUACACUGGAAAACCGAAUCUUGCGGGUUAUAUUAGACCGCGUCCUCUUGUGCGUACCGUCGACCGGAGAUUGUGUAUGAAUUUACAAAAAAAAAAAAUAAAUAAUAAUAAACGCCGUAAUUUUCGAACAAUCGCGACGCAACGUGACGAAUGAGUUUGUUUUUUUUUUCACAGAUCCCCUCCCGCCGCGAAAUAAUAACGUUACAUUAUAUUACGCGGCGACCGUCGGAGGGGAAAAAAAAUGCGUUUACCGCGUAAUUAUAGUCGCCGUCGUCGGCGUUUUCGGUUGUUUUUUUUUUCCCGUUCGCGUCCCCGUGGCGGCGGUUGAUCGACAGCGUCCAUCAAAAAACGCGAAAACUUAAAAUAAUAAUAAUAAUAAAGAACCGAGAAAAAACCGCUUCGCGAGCGAACGAGUGUCCCCCGCGGCGGUGACAGGUCUCGUAUUAUAUAUGAAAUAUAUAUUUUUAUUUUUUUUUUCCCCGCGAAAAACCGAAACGAUUCGCGCGGGCGCCGCCGCGGGAUGUCCGGCGAGCGCGGGUGGUAAAGUGCACGCCGUAAUUUACCGCGGGCGUAGGAAAAAAAAAUAAAAAAAAAAAAAAACUAAAAGAAAAACAUUGUUAUCAUUUAUAAAGAAAUACGUCGCGUACAUCGACUGAAAGACGGGAAGGUGAGGGGAAACCGUAAUAAUAUAGGUAAUCAACGACUCGGAUUAUAAUAUUGUAUAUUAUUGUAUUUUAUGCGUAUAUAAGGGCGUUGUGUUUCAAUAAAGUCUCCGUCGGGUAAGAAAUUCGCGUUUGUCUUUUAAAAACGGAGACUCGUGGCUCGGAAGAGGUGAAAAUUAUCCCGGAAACGUUCGGAACGCGAUCUUGAUCCGCGGGGUUUUCGAGCCAUUCGCGAAAAACAUUCGCGAGGUCCGGGGUCGAAUCGACGAACCGUCUGAUCCUCUACGGUCGUUCGCCCGUCGGAGGAGUUUGUGAAUUUGACAUGGAGAACGUACGGGUCCUCGGUAAAAGUGAUCGGAGAAACCGCGGCGACAUCCUACGCGGAUCUUCAAACGCGUCCCGGAGCUCAUUCGUCACGUAUCGUUCACCGGCGGCGAUUGACCGACGAUAUUCGCGGUCGGACAGACCCGCGGGCGGUUUUCGAAAACGUUUCCCCGUAUAAUAAUUCCGAAAAUUAAACAUUGACGGAAUCGCGCGCGGGCGGAACUGCGGCCACGAAAACGACGACGUCAAAUCGUUGCGGGCCGAAUGUGCGGAUACCGUUAAUCACGGGCCGUGAGAGAGAGAGUGAGAGGGAGAGAGCGCGGAGAGAGAGCCACGAGUAUAGGUCGGUCGGAAAAUUAAAUAUAUCGCCGCGCCGCGGUAAAUCGAGACCGAUUUACGGCGAUCGGGCGGCUGUUUGCGUUUUAUAUUAUCGAGAGAAAGAGAGAGAGAGAGAGAGCGAGAAAGACUGUAAUGAACGUAUACCUAUAUCAUAACGCGGUUUAUUCGGGAGUCUCGAGAGUUUGUUUUCGGCGGCGGCAUCGUUUAGGGGUUUCUUGACAAAUUAGCCGCCGACAACCGACCGACGCGGCGUCGUGUGUGUGUGUGUGUGUGUGUGUGUGUGUAUGUGUGCGUGUGUGUAUACACGAUAAUACACUCGUCGUCGGCGACCGCGGCGGCGGCGGCGGGGUAGGGUUAAACGAGUAGACGCCGGCGUGCGCGCGCGCGUGUGCGUGUCGACGACGUAAAGCGGCCGGCGAAGGAGGGGGGGCGAGGACGACGGCGGCGAAGGCGAACACGAGGCACGCGACGACGCGCGUUACGGUUUUUUCGUACGGCCCCCUCUUUUGAAAACGAUCGAAAUUUCAUUUAAACCUCACACGCCCUCCCCUACGCCCCCACCUUCUACGCCGUUUUAAAUACGCGUACGCUAUCGAAUUGUCGUUUUUGCGUUUGUGUUUUUUUUUUUUUUUUUCUGAUCGCCGCGGAUUUCCCGACGCGACGUAUUUUUCGCCCGGUCGAUUUUCCGUCGAUUCCGCUAUUAUCCGCGCAGGCGACUUUGCCGCUAUACUUUCGACGUUUCCAAACGAGACGUAGAAUGUAUAUCAUUAUUAGUAAAUCGCGAUAAUUCGCGGUCAAUCGACUCUUUGACAUUUUACUAUUUUUUUCUUUUUGGCGUACCGGACAAUAUGAAAUACACGAACGGUCGGCGGCGGGCGCUCCGCGACCCGUUCGGGCGGACGCGCACGGGAAACACUCGGCGCGUUAGAACACGCGAGUUUACGAAACCGGUGAAUCGCAGUGGCCGUUUGUAGUUUACUGUGGUUUUUUUUUUCGUUUUUACCGCGACCGUUUCGCAUGACUUUACGGACAAACUCCGUAUAACAAUCGUAGACAGUUUUCGGACGCGCGCGCCGAAAUGAAAGUUUCGUCGCCGCCGCGAUCGGCACGGAGAACGCGCGACGCGAUCGCGCGCGUUAUUUUCCGUAACAUUCGAUACGUAUAAUUUUUAGUAUUUUUUUUUUUUCGCGCCGAACAUCUGCCGGGCGGUGAUAAAUGUCGACAGCCAUUAUUGUUGGUUGGUUGCGCGCCUCCGUUCGGUAUUUUAUACACUACACACGCACGCAAACACACACACGCACACGCGCGCGCACAUAAUGUUACGUGUAAUUCGACAAACACAUGUCCAUCGCGCGCUGUGCACACACGCCGCGCCCGCGGUCAUUAAUCGCGCGCGUUUGACGUUUUUUUUGAUUCCGUUCCGUCACGGCGAUCGUCGUCACCGACCCGGGAAUACCGGGCCCCGCGGGCCCGGUCGCGCGCAGUCAUCGCGCUGUCGUGCCGGCCGCCGCCGCGUACCCGGCGGCGCUCGUUUAUCGCCGCGGUUCCGAUCGGAUUUUCCGCGCCGGCCGUUUUCGCGCGCGCGGACCCGCGGGAUUGUUUCGAAAACCGUUUUGUACCGAACGUUGGUGGACCGUACGUCGGCGGCGGUAAAUACUCUCUCCGAACAUUUUCCGAUUCCGGAAACGAUUCGUGCGCGUAUCGACAACCGCAUCGUUUUGUUACGACGAUCGUCACCUUUACAUUCGUUUUGGCGACAGUUCCGCGAAAAAACAAUUCGCCGUAGGUAUACCGGUGCUUUUUUACGGUUCGGUCGCGAAAACUCGGUUACGGUGUCGCCGAAACGUUCCGUUUACCGCACAGUGUAUUUUACCGACGGAUCACGAUUCUGCGGUAACCGCGAAGACGGUACACAAUAUUAGAGUUUUGUCGCGGUCGUCGAACAGCCACGUUGCUAUACCGUAACGCUAUCGAGACGAAAAACAGCAUUCGUUCGCUAGCUAUGGGCUAUGGGCUAUAAUAGUGACCGCACCGCCAACAUAAAGUCGACAUAAAGUAGACUUUUCGUGUCUCGGCGACCACCCCUCCCCCUCCCCAACACCCGCCCCGAAAAGGCGCGUACGAUAAAAACGUAAUAAUUGUAACUCACUGCACCGGUGUACGACGAUGACGACACGUCACGCGUUAUUCAUCGUUGUCGUCGUCGUCGUCCUCACACCGCGUAUACGUGCGGGAGAGAGGGCGCGGGACGAGCGUAUAAUAUUAUUUCGACGCGUCACCUCUUGAUUUAUAGACACGACGAUGUCGAUGGUAAUUAAAGCGAGGAGAAAAAAAAUAAUAAAACGAAGAGGGACAGAUGUCUUUCGUGCGACAGUAUAUAUAUUAUUAUACAGGCGCAGGUCGUGUGUGUGUGUGUGUGUAUCGUCGUCAUCAUCAUCAUCAUCGUCGCCGUCGUCGUUGUUGUCGUCAUAAAAUAUUUAUACUCGUACGACGAGGUAUUUUUUUUUUUUUAUUACGCGCGCGUAAUGUCAUACCUAUAUAUCGUAUAAAAAACGCGUGUUGCCCGCAUUAACCUGGGCGUAGGUACAUAUUAUUAUACACCUCUAUGUGUAUGGCGCGGGCGCGCGCGCACUAGCGGUCGUUUACGAAUCGCGGGACGAUAUUAAAAUAAACGCGACGGGGAAAAGUUUGGGGGGGGGGGGAAACGUUUAAACGUCGGGCCGGGAAAAGCGAAAAAAUCGAAUGAAAAAAAAAAAAAAAACCGUUUCGAACUGCCGCGGUGACGAAAACGCGAUAACGGGUCGCUCGUGAGCGCCCGUGUGACAAUAACGGCCGUAUUCUGUGCGCGGGCGAUAAUAAUGUCGCGGAUCCGUUAUCACAGUGCUAUCGGCGGUUCACGAAAUCACGCGGUAAUCCGAAUAAUAAUUUAAAAAAAAAUAAACAAACAAUUAACGGGUUUAGGAUGGCGGCGAAGUAGCGGGCUGACCAGCAAUAUUUUUGACUCUCGGCGGUUCGAAACGCGCGUCCUCAAAUCGUCGGAUUCGUCAUUAUGUAUGUCGAAAAAUAGAAAAAAGCGUUGGGGUUGCAACCUAUUUUAAAUUAUUUUCGACCUGUCCCGAAUCCCGUUGGCCGCCACAAAACAGCCUUUAGCCGUACGAAUGUCGUGCGAAACGUUAUGGAAAGUCGUAAAAGAAACCUAUACCAGUUAAUCGUUUGCGGUUAACGAACUCUUACGAACACGGUCAGGUUCGAAAACAAAAUCCUACGGGUAAAAAAAUCCGUGCGUGUACACGACCGCGGCGGGCUUAAUAGGUCCGUGUGAUUCGAUAAACCGUCAGUGAUUUUCCGGCAGGAGGACGGGCUGUUUGACAGCGCGGCGCGGCGACUCGACUCCCCUGCAGGUCACUUCCCCUAUAUUCGCGUGCGUGGGCCACGCCGUAGUGAGCUGCGGGCCGCGACUGCAGUUCGCGCGACGGACGGGCCGGAUAUCUGACGAUUUUAUUCGCUUCUUUUUUUUUCCUUUUUUUCCCCCCCCCUUCCCCGCCAUGUGCACCGACGACGACACACACGUAUAAUAAUAAUAAUAGCACAACACGUAUAUUGAUAUAUCGGUGUUUAUAAAACGCGGAUUUCGCACGGGCCUCGUCGGGCCGAGGAGUCGGGCGACGCGGCGCGCGCGGUACGGCGACGCGGAGGGCGGUUGACAGCUGAUCUUUUAUUGCGCAGCAGCUUUCCGCGCGGACGGGGAAGCCGUUUAUUUAUGUGAUAUUUUAUAUAUAUAUAUAUAUACACGCGAGCGCAGUAUACAUUUUAUUUUAUUUUAUUUUUUUUUCUCGCCCCGUUGUUCCCGGGAAAAGACAUAAAUCAGUCGGUGGAUAUUUUCGACAGGGCCGCCGCCACGGCCGAUCAGCGCCGCGGCGGCAACGGCAGCAGUCCGUCAGAACCCCGACGGACGGCCAUUAAAAUUAUUAAUUACAUAAAUAACGCGCGCGAUCUCGCACCCCUCAACUGUAUCACACACACACACGCACACGCGGGCACUGCGUUACGCACAAUCUUUUGAUGUCAAACCGAUAGCACAUAAAUUACGGUAAUUUUUUUUUUUUUUUUUUUCCGUAUAUCCGCCGACACCCCCCUUCCACUCCCCACGGCCGUACGAUACGCGUAUAUUAUCAUUAUACAUUAUUAUAUGGCCGCUGCAGAAAAACGAUCGCCGAUAUUAUAUUAUUUUCGAAGCGGCACCACCGCUUUUGUCAGCGGGCCGCGCGUGCCCCGGUCGCCGUCGCGUUUAUAUACGCGCUAGCGGCAAAAAUCCCCCUACAAAAAAAAAAAAAAAAAAAAAACCGUCCUCUUAUAUUGUAUACGUGCGCGCGUCUACUUGCGCUGCACCUAUAUUAUUACAAUACGAAUUAUAAUACGUUAAACCGCGUUACGUAUACGGCGACGAUCGUUUGUAUAAUUAGGAGACCCAUUGAAAAUCGCGUGCCGGGCCCGUAUUAUAUUUACCGUUACACGAUAUUAAAUAUAAUAUUAUAAUACUCGUGCGUGUAGUAAAUCGCGGGAGAUGUUUUUUUUUUUUUUUCGGUUUACGACUCGCGCGAAAAAACCGCGGAAAUUCCAAUUAAUCGGGUAAAACGGCGAAUCGUUUCCUACAAAUACGCGACGGCGAUGUCCCGAUGAUUAUUUUCGCAAUUCGGUUAAACGAUUUUGUCGUACAUCACAGAGACCCGCGUAGCGUUUUCCGCAGACGACGCGGGGUGAAAUUUUCAACUGCCAUGUUCGGCAGUUUUUACUCGGUAUGCGGGGAUAAAACAGUUUUAGCCGUUUAGCACGGUUCGACGGUUUAUCACGCGCGAGCUUUACCGUUUUACGCGAGUCUGAAGUGCGUAAACUCUAACGGAAAAUCGCUGCCGCUCAAAAUCCAUAUAAUUGUUUGUCCGGCUUUGAACUUCGAUCAGUAUCGCAUUUCGUCGGCGAUUGUUAUUAUACCGUUGAUGCGUACGGACCAAAUAACUCUGUCGCACUUUCACAAACUCUAUGUGCCCAUAAACCCUACCGAUUUAUUCCCAUCACCUGCUACAGCGGCACUCGCAGGUGCAUCGUUCCACAGCGGCGAUUCACUCCCGGUCUCGCCUCGGACGCGCCGUCAUUGCGACCGGCAGUUUGGACGCGACGCGUCCGCGGGCGGCCGGUGUGCGCGGCCGUAUAUUAAGCGCGCGUUUAUUUCUCGUUUUUGAGACCGCACCAAGAAGUUUUCGCGAACUGUAUAGGUGAAUAAUUCGGGCCGGCAAAAUUAAUAACUGGCACGUGCGUCGGCGGCGGCGGCCCGGGCGGACGGAAUCGAAAUAAAUCAACCGGCCGACGGACACGAAUAAUAAUAAUGCGAUUCGUCCGCCGGCCGUCGAAACUUUCGGAAUCGAAAUAAAAUUAUUUCGCUCGUUCCGCGCAAUAAUAACAACACGCGCGUCCGCGUUAUAGUAACGUUAAUGUGGUUCGGGACAGUUUCGACGGCUCUUUUUCGCACGGCGUCUCGUCGAAAUCGCAUCGGCGGCCGCCCCCGGUUCCGCCAGCCCCCGUGUCCCGUUCCCGCCGGUAGAUCCGCCGAUUCGCGCGCGUGUUGUUCGGGGGCCGACGGCCGUAGCACCUGUGCGCGUGUCGUUAUAAAUUCCCACGCGGGCCGACACGACGCGACGACGUUACGCGGACACGUUCCACGCGCGUGUAUACCAACGCUGUUUUGUGUGGAAACAAUAAAUUGUCACGUUGCCGCGCGCGGGCCCGCGUUCAUUAGCGGAGUUGUGUGGCCCCGGACCUUCGGCUCGCGGCGCGUCGCGAUCGCCCCCGACAAGCCGACAACCGCCGUCCGUUGACGAUAACGAUAAUAUUAACUAUUAUUAUUUAUGACGCGGCGUUCACCUUCACGUUAUUUCAAUACCCCAGUACGUUGUCACCGUCGUGUCGCGUCACGGAUGCGAAACCGUGUGUCGUUACUACACGCACACCAGAGAAUACGGCUCUCGGUCCGUGCGCUGCGUUUCGGCGCAGAGCCAGCCGCAGUGUAGACCGCGGCCACUGCGGCAGGUGCAAUAAUCGUAAACGGUUCCGGUCGGACGUGGCAACGUGUUAGGUGUGCGCGGUAAAAGAAAAAAGGAAAACGGACAGAUUCGUCGACGGUUGUUCUCGCGAUACGACUGUACGAGGUUAACCUAACCGCAGUGCGGCCCAGACCGAAACCGUCGACGCGAUACGGCGGUUAGCCGUAAUUUCGUUGAUCGAGCACACGCGAACAGUCGCCCGGGGCAAAAGCUACCGGUCCCAGUAUCAUGUUGGGCGUACGCGACGCGGCGCCGUGUCUGUUAAUCGGUCGUAAUGAUUUCUUUAGCGUCGACAAUAUUUCGGUCGCGGGGUUCGUCGAAUCGAAUUAUACGUCGGCGUUCUCGACACGCGAGGAAAAUAAUUCGAUAAUGCGACGGCGACGCGGUGCAAGUCGCGCGCGUAUUUGCGAGACGAGACGUUAUCGCGGGGGCCCGAUGACGCAGAACCGCGGGCGCAACGUCGUCGCGAGCGACAAGCCUCGAAGAUCUCUGCGUCGCGGAGAGUGGGUGGAGGGGGGGAUGAUGGGAAAACCACGCACGCACGCGCGCGCGCGCACACCUACACAGAUGCUCGCGCGUAUGGUAUUUACACGCGUUCGGUCCCGUGCCGAUUGGCCGGCCGGCCGCGGCCCGUCCGCGUCGGGGCGUGGCCGGCCGUCCGGCGACGGACACGCAUUCACUCGUCCCGUCCGGCGGCUGCUGCCGCUGCGACGUAUGUAUCGGUAAUGAGGCGCGCGUAUUAUCCGUAUGAAUACCGGUCACCUGACCCGUGUACGGACAUUUACCCGCCUACCGGAGCACUGGUACGACCGAUACCCGCUUAGAACGCAACGGGUACGCGAGAUACAUUAUUAUUGUUAUUAUUGUUAUUUAAAACUGUACGGCGACGACUCAUUGCCGCGUGGUGAAUUCGUUUUAUCCGUCUUUAAUCGAUAAAAAUAAUAAACAACCGCCGCGCGCGCGUUACAAGAGUCGACGUUUACGGGCGAUAAUAAAAUAUUUCUCAGACUUUUCCACGGGUGCGGGCGCGUUAUCGCCCCGGACCGGACCGGUUCGCGCGCCCGACGGAACCGCGACCCGUGAUCCGGCUGCGGGUUUUCGUCGUUUUGACGUUUAAACCGGGCCGCGGCGAGCCGUGCGUUGCGGUUGGUGGGGGGGGGGGGNGGGGGUGGGAGGGCGAAAUACUCUCGAACCGGUCGCGAUAAUAAAUUUCGAGGACGACCGACGUCCGUCGGACGCGUGAAGAUUUACGACGCGCGGCUAUUCUUCGUCCGGCCGGGAGAGAAAAAAAAAAAAAUCGCGAAAUUCCUGCGCGCGUUACACACACACACACACACACACACAAUAUAAUGUUAUAUAACGCGCGGACGGUUUUGGCGUUAGGUUAUUGCGGCGUUUGACGUGCGUAGUAUUUUUUUUUUUAGUUCGGGAAGGAAAAAAAAAAAAAACGUGUGUGUACAUAUUAUAUUAUAUUGAAAAUCGGUCGACCGCCGGGCGGCCGGGAGUCUCGCUGAUUGACAAAAGGUGCGCGCAGGAAUUCGGAGCGCGCGUAAAGACGUCAAAUAAUAUCGCCUCCUUUUGUCGUCGUCAACCAGUUUGACCGGGGUCCGUCGUCCCGCGAGCGCGCGCGCCAUAAAUCACGCUCGCGGCCGCCGCAUAAUGGCCGCGCGUCUCGGAAUUGCACAAUAUGCGCCGCCGCGCGUUGCUGCAUACGUGUGACGGCGGAGCCGAUGCCCCCGUUGAUUUUCCGCCGCAUCAUUUAUAAUACCUUUUCGGGUGCCGGACGUUUUUCUCAAUAUGAUAUUGUGUAUAAAAACGUCCGUAACAAUAUUCUUUCGGCCGUCGGCGACGCGCACAUAUUAUUAUUACUAUUAUCGUUAUUGUGCGUUACCGGCUAUUACCUGUGUAACGCAUAAUAAUACGAGUGUACGGGUACCUACGCGUUAUUAUAUUGUAUUAUUAAUCAAUCGGCGGCGGCGGCGACGACGACGACGACGACGGUCCGGUCGCCGGGAAAUAAUUCGAUUCCGCGGGGAGACGCUUGAAAGGAACGCUAAUGGUCGUCGUCCGGGGUCGUCCUUUUCGGUCCUAACCUAACCUUAUAAUACAUAUUAUAUCAUAUACACCGUAAAAUCGCCGCCGACUCUUUCGCGCGCGUCCGAGCAAAACGUAUUAUUAUGGACGUCGUAAUGACGCGUACGUUAAAAUAUUAUUUCGAGCGAUUUGUACGCGGUCCGGUCAGACAGGACCUAACCGCGUUGGUCUAACGUGCGUUCGCGUACCAGCGUUGGAUCGGCGCAACCUUUUGGCCACCACUUACGAAACAAAAUGUCCACGAAUUCCCGUUUCGCAACUCAAUAACGUAUUCCCGCCGUCGGUUGAUUCGUCGACUCGAACGGUAAAACGAUUUCGGGUACGCGUCUAUCGUUUCUAUGUACCGUCAUCGCGUUCCGGGAAAUCGAUUGAAUUCGUCAUCAAAGUGUUUGCCGUCGCUCGUGCUGGACUACGAUUGUUCCGACAACCGUUAUUCGCUAUUUACACGUAAAUUAUUUCGUCAAAUUCGUGGGUACGGCUCGCGGGAAUCCCGGAAAAAAAAUGAACAACAACGGUGAAAUGUUGAAUAUAAUAUUUGAUUAUUAACUACGAAAAGAGAAAAACAAACGAUAUCAUACGAGUACUAUUUAUAACACUAGAACAUUUUGACGCUUUAGUGACUUUUGACAGACUAGAUAAAGUUCGGUCAAAUAAUCGCACGAAAGUAUGGAAAAGUCCUAAUAGGUAAUUUCGAUGAAAGAUACCUAUGAGAUACCGACCACUCGUUAUUUGAAAAUAUUUUUUUUUGUCACACGAUUUUUUUUCCAAUUAAAAAAAAACAAACAUUUUUCACAAGCAAUAUAUAUUUAUUCAAUUUUUAAAUCGGUUUACUUUUCACAGUCAAUUUAUGUAUUUAAAAUUGUUGUUCUUUUUUUUCCUCGGUGUUUUUUACCGAUUGCCGCCGAAUCGGGUCCGUGCAUUCAAGGCCGUAUACAACGAGAGAUCAAAAGCGGUAAAAACUCGGGACUUUUCCGAAAAACCCGCGGGACGGCGUUAUCCCCGUCUCCCGGCUCACGGAAACGGGCCGCCCGCGCGACCUUGCGACCGCGUCCAAACCAUAAUACGGCUUGCGUACAGCGCGGACAACAACAACAACAACAACAACAAUCGAAAUAACAAUAAUAAUAAUAAUAAUACUCUUACGAUAUUUCUGUGCGCGUGAGACGCGCGGCCAACGUUUUUUUUUUUUAACCUUUACGCGCGGCGAACGGCCCGCAGAUAGAGCGGAUAGAAAGAUAGUGAGAGAGAGAGAGAGAGAGAGAGAGCAGGCCAUUGUUCCCGCGUCGCAAAAAUCGAAAAGCGUUUAACGACCGCGGCGACGACGAGACAAUACCGCUACACGCAUAUGCAAAUAAUAUUCCUCGGGACGGGGAAUAAUUUGCAUACAAACGCGGCGGCCCCGCUCCGGUCGGCCCGUACGGUAUGGCCAUCGACGGGAAAAACCGACGCGGGGUCUACGGCGCUCGCAUAUCGUUCGUAUUAUUCGUAUUGUCAUGACUAUUAUUAUUAUUAUUAUUAUUAUUAUUAUUAUUAUUAUAUUACCGCGCUCGUUUAUACCAUUAUAAUCGUACGUACGCACGCGCGGGAUAUAAUAUAAGAAAACGUUUUUCCAACUUCCCUCUACCCCUCCCCUCCCCUCCCCUCCAACCCCCCCCCACCCGCCGCGUUAUUGUCUCGUCGAGAAUAUAUUAUUAUUAUUAUUAUCAUCACCGUUGUUUCUCGUACGCGGUUCGCGCGGCACCGACGUAUUCGCGAUCUCCGAUUAUCGGCGUCACGCGUCGUACCGCGGAAUUCGGUAAACAUCAUUGUCGGCGAUGCGCCGUGAAUAAUAUUGUCACGGAAAUAUUGCGCGUUUGUUAGACCGACGCCGCCUACAACGCCGUCUCGGCCCGUUAACGCCGCGUAGAAAAUCCGCGCGCGUCAAACGCAUUGUAAUCCGCGCGAGCGAAACGCGUUGACGUUGCACCGUCGAUUCCGCGAUCCUUUCCCGAGGACUUCUCGCGGACGCCGUCCGCGUUACUGUGUUAACGGACGAACGCGCGAAAUUCGCGUACGCACAAUAUACGAACGCGUCGCACGGGUAAAUAUGCGCGCGCGCGCGUAUAAUUACGUAUACAAAACCGGGCGAUUAUCAGGCGAAUUAAUUCGUCGCCGACGGGCCGGCGGAAGGACCGUGUAUUAUUAUUGUUCGGCUUGCGCGGCGGCGGGGAACGUGCCGGCGCAAAAAGGGGUUUGAGGUGACAAAUGAGAAUUAAACAGACAGACAGACGGCGCGCGCGCGCUCGCGAGCCCGCGGCGGAGGGACGGGCCGCCGCCGCCGCCGCGGAGGGUAGAGAACGCCGAGACGACGGCGGCGGCGGCGGCGGCGUUGCGGCAACUUAAUGUUUAAUGACAUCGCGUUAAUUGGUGCGGUUACCAGCGUUGACAAUUAAUUUACGAGUCUGUUUGUUUUGGCGGUCCCCGCGCCCGUCGACCCGACGACGACGACGCCGCCGCCUAAUUCAGACCUUUCGCCGCGGUGUACUACACGCGACGGAUAGACCGUGUAAUAUUUUCAUCGCCGCCGUAUCGUUUUUUUUUUUUUUUUCGGAUUUUUGGAAAACGGAUUGUCGGAAAAUCCGGAUUUUUUCUACUGUUGUUGUAUUUAUAUUUUUGGAUUCUCUUCAUUCGAAAAAAAAAAAACCAAAACACGCUCGGUAAACGAUUAGAGAAGAACAAAAAAAACCGUUUCGAAAUCCGGAUUUUCGAUCUCGAUCUCGGAAAUUGGGGAUUGAGGCGUCGGCGGAUGAACGGAAAUGUCGGGAUCCCCUUCCCGGCUAUAGAAUCUAUCCCCGCGGUCGUUAUUAACAGCGCGGACCCGUCGUCGUCGAAUCGUGUUUUUUUCCUUUUUUUAUUAUUAUUUUCACGAAGCCGACGUAACCGCACGCGCAAUACGUAUUUCGCGCGGAUAACAAUAACGAUUGGCCGGGCACAGUCUGCGGCGGCGAUCGGAUCGGGGUGAUAACGAUAUAAAUAACGUUGAUAAUAAUAAUUAUCAUUGUAAAUACCGGUCGUCGUGCGUCGGACGUUCGCGAUAAUAUUAUAACGACGGCCGUGUCGUCACUGUAUUGUACUGCGAUGCCCGAUUACAACGGGUGAGGAGUGGCGCUGACCGGUGGCGCUCGGCGCGUUGAAAAUAAAAUAUAUAAUAACGCGUACGGGUUGAGGGCCAGAGGGGGGGGGCAGUGAAGGGGGAAACCGACGCCGACUAAAUAAUGUAAAAAAAAAAAAAAUGCGCGCGGGUAUAUUUAAAAUAAAAAAAAAAAAAAAAUUACACCGCGGACCAUCACGACCCGGGCCGCAUAAUACACGCGGCGGCGCGAACAAUAGACGAUAAAUCAGACCAAUUAAACGAUAUAGCCGAUAUUUUCUUUUUCUUCGCAUUCCGCGAGCGCCUUUUCUUUUUUUUUUUUCUUUACUACGUACACGGUCGCACGCACAACGCGAGAAAGACGAGGGGCGGGUAGGGGAACAAAAAAAUAAUAAUAAUAAUAAAAACCGCGCGCCGCAGCAGUAAAAAGCGCGUGCUUUAUCGGAGACGGGUAUCCGAACGUUCAUUUCGUUAUUAUUAUCGCCGCCGGCCGCCGACUGUUUAUUUCUCAUUUUUUUUUUUCCUCUCUCGUCCCUUAUUCUUUCUCAUAUUUUUAUUGUAAACUACGGCGGUCUACAAAAGCGGACGCGGCGCUCCGUGAACUUUUCCGCGGGCACGACAAUGGCGUUUUACGGGCAUUUCGAGAGCGUCGUCGUCGGUGUCACGGUGGCGACGGCGGUGGCGGCGGCGGCGGGCCGAAAGAGCGCGGAGUAGUACGCGGCGGCGGCCGUCGUGGCAGUUUUAAGUUUUCAUAAACAACCCGUUCCCGGUUUUUAUUAUCGGCCGGGGCCAUCUGCGAGGCGUUAAGACAAUGGGCUUCGGGUCGUGACGGCUGCGGACAGGUUCGAGAAAUCCGCCCCGCGGGUUUUUUUUUUUUUUGUUAUUUUUAUUGUUUUUAUUAUGACGGUAGCGUCGUUAUCGGGCGCGUUCGAUCUCGAGGGUUUGUCGGCCCGGAAAAUUCGAGCGCCCGGCCCCCAUUGUCUCGCCGUCGCGGCUUCUUUAUUUUUUCCCCUCCCCGCCGGCCGCGCGUAACGCUCGAUAUGCCUCUGUGUGUGUACGUUAUAAGUGCGCGCGUAUUAUGGCGUUGAACAGCUGCAGCGUUACGCGCGCACCAAAAGUGUGUAGUAAAAUACGAGUAUAAUGUGAAUCCCGCCGUAGUCGUCGACGCGCGUUUUCGCGGCGAAAGUUUCCCUCUCCCCCCGUCCCCGUCCCCCCUCGCCGCCACCUCUCUGUUGUUGUUUUCUCGUAAACCCCCUACCACUGCACGGCGCCACUCGCGAGUAGAAGAGACGCACUCGCGGGUGCGCGAAGUUUUUCGAAAAGACACUGACCGGUUGCUCGGCGCGGUUAACAAUGGCACACGAACCGCGAGGUUUACGCCCGCAUGGGGUCGGAGGUUUACGCCCGCAUGGGGUCGGUCGGGACGCGUGAACGAUUAGCGAAGAAAAAAAAAAAACGAUUAGCGAAGAAAAAAAAAAAUGGGGGGGGGGAAAAAACAAUACGUACGUGAUUAUUUAUUCAGCACGUGACCGGGAGAGGCCGGGAGACCGCCGUAAACGUUCAGUCGGACCGUCCAGGACGUUUCCCCCUCCCCAGUAAUAAAUAAUACGAAUAAACCGUCAUGGUACACAACACUGCGCGCGAUACGUAUGCCAUUAAAACACCGAAUAAAUUAAAUAACGGAUAACGUUGUCGUUUCUCUGCGACGGUGACGCAACGUAGGCGUCCGUCACCGUAGCUCGCGCGCUCGCAUUACGGCGAACGUUCGCAUUCGCAAAGACGACGCGCGGACAGCGCCACCGGUCAGUUCGGCGCGCGCACGCCGUUAACAAGACGGCGGCGGCGCGCGCGUACCUGCGGCGCGUGUAUUUAAGUCGCUCGUGUCGGACGAUACGGACUUUGCACGCGUCCCGCGCAUCGACAGCCGACGCCGACGACGUACAAAUAAAUACAAACGACCCGUUCGGUUCGACGGCGGCGGCGCAUAGUUAAUCUAAAACGUCCGGCCCGACGGCGGCCCAUUAUUUCAAAUUAGACCGUACCGCGCGCUAACCGGCCCGUCUCGACGACGCGCGCGCGCGCGUACUCUUCGCGGAUCACCCGACCGGCGGCUCACUCGACGCGGGUGAUACAUCAAUUCCCUCCCGGUCCCCUCGCAUCCCCCGAAAGGAAAUCUAGAACUUUCGGAGUUUUUUUUUUUUUUUUUUCCACGCUACGAUUCACCGUUCCCCGUAUAGCACACGAAAGGCAAAACGUCGACACGUUCUCUCGACGUACGGACACUACGGAAACGCAUACGUUUCCGUCCGCGCAAAAAUUUAUCUCGCAGUAAAUAAAUAUUGUCGGCGCGUUUCGCAAUUAUUGAAAUCGGCCGAACGCAGUUAUAAAAAAAAAAUAAAACUCCGUGUACAAAUAUAGACCGUCGCCCUAUCGUCGGAAUCGCCCACCGAACUCUUAGGUCCCCCAUUGAAACUGUACCGUCUUAAUUACCUACCGCACGGCAAUUGAUUAAUAUUCCGGGUUUCGUGUGUUUUCCACAGGGGAAGGCGGCGAAGGUGAAGAACCGCCAGCGGGUUACCAGGAAGACGACGGCGGUUGUCCGGAGGACGACGAGGACGAGGAGGAGGAAGAAGAAGAGGGAGUGUCGGGCGGAUCGUCCGGAUCGCCACCCAGAUCGCCGAUACCGUCAAACACGGACGCCGAACAGGACGCCGCGGCUGUCGUCGGCAACGAACGUCUACCCCUGAGGUCGGUACCAUUCGCGGGUCUCGUAUUUAUCAUAUUAUGUCGCGAUGUUUUUUUUUUUUACCGAAACGUACACCGUUUUUUUUCGACGGUUUUACGCGGAAACGAGUGUCGGCGUAUUUUCGGCGACCGGCGUAUUUCAAACGCGUUCGAUUCUGGUAAAUUUGUAAAAAUCCGAUCAAUAGUUUUUUCCGUGCAAUUAGCCGUUUUAGUGUCGACACAUUUCCCAUCGUGCGUGACGACUGUGAUUCGCUGCUGUCGCGUAACGCGGUAUCGUCGUUUUUCGCACCUAUCGGCCGCCGCUGAGAAACUGUCGACCGUAAACGGUACGUGUUCGCGGAACAAUGCGUUUUGCGAAGAAUCGGUCGGACAACCACCCUCCCCCCCCUCCCCCCCGGACAACGGUUUUUAGACUGUCGUAGAAACCGUACGCGCGCUUGGCGCUAAUUGUUUUUUUUCGUAAUUACCGCGGCGACCGUUCGUUUCGCAGUGUUGGGCCUUGACAUUAUACCGCGCGGGCGGUCGAAAUAUUUAUUCCGGUAAAACGACCGAUUUUUACGCAACGCCGCCCUCGGCUUUGUAAAUCUGCGGGCCCGACGACCGCGCGCCAGCGGAAAAUGAUCGCGUCGCGUACUCUGCGGGCCGCCGCGUUGGAAACCGCGCGCAUCGGCGCACAGGGCGAUCGCCGGUCGGGUGGGGUUACGGCGGUAGUGGGCCGGAAUCAUAACUCUUUUUUUUUUUCAGACCGUCAAACUGUCCGGGUUUUUUAAGAGCGCUCCGACGUACGGUUUUUUGAGAGUCGCGGAUUUCUCGCCCGGGAGGCGUCGAGAAAAGUAAACCCGACGGACGGUACACGUCGGUUUCGUUUCGUUCGACGGCCCGUGACCGAGGGGAGCGCGCGACUUAUCCCGCUCCGUUUUUUCGAUUGCUUUUUAGCGCGCAAUCAAAUUGCCGAUCGCUCCGCGACUUUUUUUUUAAAUACUACCCCGCGAAUCGCUUUUAAAAUUCCCGAUCGGAUAUGUAUUAUUUUACUCGCUAGUAAAUUUUCGGUCGAGCGCUUCGUUUUAGCGUCGCACCAUUCCCGUUUGUUUCGUAUUUUUUUUUUAUUUUCGAAAACCCGUCGUUUUCGCCCCGUCGCCAAACCCCCGCGAAUAGAACCCCAUAACGGCAUUAAAAAAAAAACAUUUCGAACGACGUACGGUAAUAAUGUGGUGUUUUCUCGAGGGGCGAGGGAGGUGGUAAGGGGGUGGCGACGGUGUCGGUUUUGGCCGCGUUCAUUUGAAUUUUCAUUUAGUCUUUGGGUUCGCAGAGACGGCGGCUCUUCGACUGAUUUACGAUAAUGGCCCCGGCCGGCGCCCCGCCGCCAAACCGCCCACGUCCCACCCCCCACCCCCACCCCGGACGAGGAUAUAAUUUCUUCUUUUUCUCCGUGCGCGCGUGUUUUUUUUUUUUUUUACGCUCACCCGUAAGAGAGGAACUGCACGGUUACGGCGGGCGGGCGCGAAAAAACUGUUAUGACCUCCCCGCUGGGAACGUCAACUUUGUACUUUGGAUUCGAUAAUUUUUAAAAUAUAUCGCCCCGCUCGUCUACCGCCGCCGCCGCCGCGCCACCGGGGCACCACGAUAACGUCGUCGUCGUUGCCGUUCCGCUCCCCGCCCCCCGCCCCUGCCCCCGUCCUAUUUCGCGUUGACGGCGGACGGGUCGGGGUGGGGGGCGGGGAACGGCAAAAGAUACACCUUGUCAACUUGAAUUCGUGACGGCAUUAUAUUACAAUUAUUCCCGGUCGCGCGUCGGAGGAGACGACACUGCAGCGGCGAAAACUCCAUAAAUUGGUUUUAAUGCGGCACUCGACCGAGUUUGUUUUCGCUGCGAGCGGGAGAAAAGUCUUGCCAAUAUGAAAUAUUGUUCAUUAAUCUGUCUUGUUAGCCGGAAAUUAUUGCCGACGGAGGAUCGAGUUCCGGGCUCGCAAAUCCAUAUCCCCGUCCAUCCGCCUACCGUACCGCUCCUCCACCUCCUCCGCCGCCUCACUCGCCGUCCCGCGCCGCAGCUAGACUCGUCUUCCCUUCGUCCCGCCGCCGUACCGUUACGGACCUCUCCUCGCGCGCGCGUGUAUAUUUAUACGUGUGUUUUUACACUAUCUGCGAUUCGCUCAUCUGUGCAUACGCACCACAGCGAAAUUUCUCCAUCCCGCCCAGCAUCCUCGUAAAAAGCCCGUUUUACACUCUUAUGUAUAUAUAGAUGCAUAUAGAUCAAAUUUUCGAUAGUUUUUAAUACGCGGGUGGUGCGACAGGCAGCCGGCCAAAAUGGCCGUGCCACGCUAAUCAUUCGGAUUGUGAAUGCAUGUCGCCAACUCAAUGUCGGGUUAUGCUAAUUGUUUCCAUUAAUUAAACCGAAAAACAAAAAAAAAUAUAAUAAUAAUUAAGAAAUAUAAUGCUGCCGUCGUCGUCGGUUGACUGAAAUGUGUAGUUGGCAGAUGGUAAUAAUAAUAAUAAUAAAAAAAAAAUAAUAAUAAUAAUAAUAAUAAUAAUAAUGAUAAAACACGUCGUCGUCGUCGUCGUCGUCGUCGUAAUUAAUGGAGAUGAGGAGCGGAAAAAAAAACCGAACGCCGAGUAUAUAAAUUUUGAUAAACGCCUUCAUUAAAUCAAGGACUCGGUCAAUCUAUUCGUGUCAAUUUUUAUAAUGCGCGCGUCUCGUUUUCAGACGACACGAAAUGUCAACCCGGUCAUUAGUCCGGGACCGCAAAAACAUUAUAAUACAGUCCUCUCUCCCCGCUCCGCCCCCCUCCCCCCUCACCCGUGACUCGCGUACGUUACAUUUCAGGUUUUCGUGUGCGUUUCCUUGCCGAACGUUCGUAAAACUACGAUCAAACGUCUUGCACCUUGGCGAAUUGUCACGGUAUAGUUACAAUAACAUUAUCGUUCGCAUAAAAUUAUACGCUUUUAACCUCGGACGCGUACGGAAUGUUCAUCAUUAUUAUUAUUAUUAUUUAUUUCUUUUUUUUUUUGUCGCGUGGAAUAUCCAUUUUUGUCGUAUUUAACAUUUUUUUUUUUUUUUUUGUUUUUUGUUUUUUACAGAGAACCGAACAGUCCGUCUAAAAUGAGCCUCAAAGGAUCGCCCAGAAGCGAAUCGAGUCUACCGCCGUACGAAGUACCGCUGCUGGCCACCGUGUCGCCGGGCCGUUCGCCGCCCGCGUCGUCCGACGUGUUGGACUUCAGCACGAAAAGGCCCGCCAGCCCGGCGUGUUCGCCGCCGCUGCCGAUGCCGGCCGCCAUGAACUUGAGCAACAACAACGAUGACUCGCCGAUCGACCUGACCAUCAGGAGCAAAAAAAUCAAACUCGAACCGUCGCCCGUGUCGCCCGUCUCCCACGACGUAUACGCCAGAAUGAGUCGGCCGUGGGCCCAAUACACUAGCCCGCCGGCGAUCCGGCCGAUCACCCGGGCCGAAUUGAUGACGCCGCCCAGCGCCGACCCGGUCCACAUGCCGUGGAACGGCAAACACGGAAAACUGUCGUACGGGGCUUUCCCGACGGUCGCUAAUGACGCGACCAAGGCGUUGGAAAAAAUGUGUGAACUGAGCAAGCUCCAAGACGAACCGCGGACGGUGUUGGCGCCCAGUUCGGGUCGGCACAGCGCGUGGCAAUCGCAUUGGCUGAACAAAGGGGCCGACCAGACGAAAGACGUGCUGAAAUGCGUCUGGUGCAAGAUGAGUUUCCCCACGCUGCAGGCCAUGUCCACGCACAUGGCCGAAACCAAACACGGCACCGCGGCCGCCCAGAGCCUACAGCCGCCGCCGCCGCCGCCGCCACCGGUGCCCGUGUCCACUUCUUCCGGGCACAAAAACGAUCUCAACAUGUUGAUUAAGGAGACGAUGCCGUUGCCCAGGAAAUUGGUACGCGGUCAAGACGUUUGGUUGGGAAAGGGCGCGGAACAAACGCGACAGAUACUCAAGUGCAUGUGGUGCGGCCAGAGCUUUAGGUCGUUGCAGGAGAUGACUACGCACAUGCAACAGACGCAACACUACACGAACAUCAUUUCGCAGGAGCAGAUCAUAUCGUGGAAAUCCGCGGACGAAAACAAGUCGUCGGGUGGCGGUAACGCCGCGGCCGCCGCAGCGUCGACCAGUUCGCCGGCCAGCGCGGCGGUGAGCACGUCGGCCAACCACGUCAGUGCCGUACUCACGUGUAAGGUGUGCGACCAGGCGUUCAACUCGCUUAAAGAGCUGAGCGUGCACAUGGUGAAGAACUCGCACUACAAGGAACACAUGAUGCGCUCGAUCACCGAGGGCAGCAACAGACGCCGGCAGACGCGGGAGAAGCGCAAAAAGUCGUUGCCGGUGCGCAAGCUGUUGGAACUGGAACGGGCCCAGCACGAAGUGAAGAACGGUGACGGGGGAUAUCCGACGGGCGUCGGCGGCGGCGGCGGGUUCAAGGCCGCCAACGACACCAACCACCGGCUCGGCCGGAUCAUAUGCGAAAAGUGCGGCGAAAAAGUGGACGUAGCCAGUUUUAUGGAACACUUGCGCGUGUGCGUGACGAUGACGGCGGACCAAAAGAACCUGUUGAAGACGGCGCUGAUGUCGCAGAACGCAGCCAUGUCCGCCGCGGAACACGGCCCCCGGGAGAAGAGACCAAAGAAAGAGGACAGAUCUCAUCAGGCAGCGGCCGACCUAACAACGAACAAGCCGGCCGCGGCCGCCUCCACGACCAGUACGUCGUCGCCGUCCGUACUGAACGCCAUCGAAAAGCUAAUCGAGAAGAGCUUCGACUCGCGGCUCCGCUACGGCACGUCGGCCACCGGCGCUUCCAUAGGCGAGAGCAUACUGAAGCGGUUGGGCAUCGACGAGAGCGUGGACGCCACCAAGCCCAUAAUGGACAUGCAAGCGAUGAACCUGUUGCGCAGCUACCAGUCGCUGGGCCGUCACGAGCGGAGCGGCAGCGAAUCGAGCUCCAUGUCGCCCGAGUUGGCGGCGAUGCGGAGCGAUUCGACCACGCCGGACAGGAAGUACGAGUCCGACUAUCAACGGAUGCGUUCGGUGACGCCCAAGUCGACGCCCGAACGGCACCAUUCGCCAAAGUCGGCGGCCGGCAAGAACAAUAACGGCCACGAGAUCGAACCGAAGGCAGACGCUUCGGCCGAAGACGCGCAGGGAGGCGGCGAGUCGUUCGAAGUGAAAAAAGAGUACGUGGACGAAGACGACGGGUGUUCGGUGGUGGCCAAGAGCCCGAUGGAGCUGCAGAGGGCGAGGAGCCGCGACUCGGCCGAGGUAUCGGCCGCGGAAGAGCCCAACGGGUCGUCGAGCCGGGGCCCGACGCCCACAAACGUCAAGAGCCCGCCGAGCCCGGCUUGUAGCGACAAGUCGGCGGACAACGGCGGCAAGAAAACGCCCUCGGCGUGCACGUCCAGCCUCGGCGCCCUGUCGUCCAUGUUCGAGAGCCUCACUUCCGCGGCGGCCAACAGCGGCUCCGGGAGCGGCGGCUCGUCGUCCGCGGCCAACGGCGACGCCGGGGGCGGCGGGAAGGGCGGCGGGGUCAGCAGCCAUCCGCUGGCCGCGUUGCAAAAGUUGUGCGACAAGACGGAAAACCACCAUCACCCGCACCAUCACCGGCCCAGCAGCCGUUCGUCGUCGAACGCCUCGGCCAACGGACCGGCGGGGCCCGCGCAAUCAAUGUCGCCGCCCGCGUCCGUCUCGGGCUGCAGCACGGCGCCCGGUUCCAUACUGGCGUUCAGCUGGGCGUGCAACGACGCCGUCAUGACGGCCGACUCGAUCAUGAAGUGCGCGUUCUGCGAUACGCCGUUCAUAUCGAAGGGCGCGUACCGCCACCAUUUGUCCAAAGUGCAUUUCGUCAAAGAAGGCAUCACGCCCGAGCCGAUCAUGCUGAAGCCGGCGUCGUCGUCGUCGUCGUCGUCGGGCGGCCAACAGUCGUCCUCGUCGGCGACCGCGCAUUCGCCGUCGCCGUCGCCUUCGUCGUCGUCGCAAAACAGAUCGUCGCCCAACCAACAGCACCACCACCACAACAACAACAACAACAACAACAACAAUAACAACAACAACAACGGGUCGCCGUCCACGUCGGCCGGAGGUUCGGGCGGCAGCGGCGCCAAGAGCCCCGAUACCAAAAACGGCGGUUACGACGAGAGCCCUCACUCGAAAUUCCUCAAGUAUACCGAGUUGGCCAAACAGCUGUCCAGUAAAUACGUCUAGUCAGUAUUGUAAUAUACGUUAGCACAUUAAACCUCUUUGGGCCCCCUAACCCCUCGCUCGCGUUUUCGCGGCACACGAUCGAUUGUAGGCGUUCAGGCGUACGCGAAUUCAUUGUUUUUUUUUUUUUUUUUUUUGUUUCUAAAUGUUUUUCUAUCCGAAAUUUUGUGUCCGACAAUGACGAGUAUACCUAUUAUUAUCAUGAUAAAAAAAAACGUAUACGAUAUUCCUGCGGUAGUACCGGACGUUGUACGAAACAGAUGACUAUAUUAUAUUAUUAUUAUUGCGUAGUUAGAAGAUAAAAAGAUAAGAAGAUAAAAAAAAAAAACCAAAAAAAAGAAAAAUGUAAUUCUAUUAUUAUUCCGCGGUGUAUACGAGAAAUUUUUUUUUUUUUUUUUUUUUGUUUUCGAUUGUUCUAUACACGAAUUAUUAUUAUUUAGGCACACGUGUAUACGGCCGUUUAGAGAUAGCUAUAUAGGGGAGGGGGGCGAAUAAAAAAAUAAACGAUGUGAUUAUACGCUCCGCAGUUGUAUACGAACGGAAUACAAUUUAUUUAUUUUUUUUUUUUUCCGUAUUCUCCAUAAUUAUUACGUAUUACUAUUAUACAUUUGCGUAUACGCGUUUUUACUCGAUAAUUUUUCUUUACAUUUUUUUCGCGCGGUUUUUAGGCGGCUACGAUGUUGUAAUAGCGAUACCGCGUUUUAUUAAUUAUUAAUAUAUGUAUAAAAAAAUAAAUAAAAAUGUUAAUUUAUUAUCGUAUUUAGUUAAUAAUAAUAAUGUAUUGUAUACCUG